CGAGAGGUAGCAUCAUGGCGGACUGCUGUUUGAGGAUUUAAGUGCGGUGUAAUCAAAGAAAGGUUAGUGGGAUAGAGGGAAACGUGAAGGACUGAGUCCUCUUCAUAUAAUAUGUAUCAGUGUUUAUAUUAGCUGUAUAUAGCUGUAUGUGGCUGUGAGGGAGUUUAAUUUACCAGAGUAGCUUUAUCCACCAUACCUGGUACUGUAUCCAGCCAUAACAAUGUCCAUAGCAAUGCAUGGCUCUCUAUGGAGUAUGGGGAACAUCACACUAAAUACACAAUAUAUUUAUACUCUGUAUACUAUAUACACAAUAUAUUUAUACUAUGUAUACUGUAUACACAAUAUAUUAAUACUCUGUAUACUGUAUACACAAUAUAUUAAUACUCUGUAUACUGUAUACACAAUAUAUUUAUACUCUGUAUACUAUAUACACAAUAUAUUUAUACUCUGUAUACUAUAUACACAAUAUAUUUAUACUAUGUAUACUGUAUACACAAUAUAUUAAUACUCUGUAUACUGUAUACACAAUAUAUUUAUACUCUGUAUACUAUAUACACAAUAUAUUUAUACUCUGUAUACUGUAUACACAAUAUAUUUAUAUUCUGUAUACUAUAUACACAAUAUAUUAAUACUCUGUAUACUGUAUACACAAUAUAUUUAUACUCUGUAUACUAUAUACACAAUAUAUUAAUACUCUGUAUACUAUAUACACAAUAUAUUUAUACUCUGUAUACUGUAUACACAAUAUAUUAAUACUCUGUAUACUGCAUACACAAUAUAUUUAUACUCUGUAUACUAUAUACACAAUAUAUUAAUACUCUGUAUACUAAAUACACAAUAUAUUUAUACUCUGUAUACUGUAUACACAAUAUAUUAAUACUCUGUAUACUGUAUACACAAUAUAUUUAUGCUCUGUAUACUCUAUACACAAUAUAUUAAUACUCUGUAUACUAUAUACACAAUAUAUUAAUACUCUGUAUACUGUAUACACAAUAUAUUAAUACUCUGUAUACUAUAUACACAAUAUAUUAAUACUCUGUAUACUGUAUACACAAUAUAUUUAUACUCUGUAUACUGUAUACACACAAUAUAUUAAUACUCUGUAUACUGUAUACACAAUAUAUUAAUACUCUGUAUACUAUAUACACAAUAUAUUUAUACUCUGUAUACUGUAUACACACAAUAUAUUUAUACUCUGUAUACUAUAUACACAAUAUAUUUAUACUAUGUAUACUGUAUACACAAUAUAUUUAUACUCUGUAUACUAUAUACACAAUAUAUUAAUACUCUGUAUACUAUAUACACAAUAUAUUUAUACUCUGUAUACUAUAUACACAAUAUAUUUAUACUCUGUAUACUAUAUACACAAUAUAUUAAUACUCUGUAUACUAUAUACACAAUAUAUUUAUACUCUGUAUACUAUAUACACAAUAUAUUUAUACUAUGUAUACUGUAUACACAAUAUAUUUAUACUCUGUAUACUGUAUACACACAAUAUAUUUAUACUCUGUAUACUAUAUACACAAUAUAUUUAUACUCUGUAUACUGUAUACACAAUAUAUUUAUACUCUGUAUACUAUAUACACAAUAUAUUUAUACUAUGUAUACUGUAUACACACAAUAUAUUUAUACUCUGUAUACUAUAUACACAAUAUAUUAAUACUCUGUAUACUGUAUACACAAUAUAUUAAUACUCUGUAUACUGCAUACACAAUAUAUUUAUACUAUGUAUACUGUAUACACAAUAUAUUUAUACUCUGUAUACUAUAUACACAAUAUAUUAAUACUCUGUAUACUGUAUACACAAUAUAUUUAUACUCUGUAUACUGCAUACACAAUAUAUUUAUACUAUGUAUACUGUAUACACAAUAUAUUUAUACUCUUUAUACUAUAUACACAAUAUAUUAAUACUCUGUAUACUAUAUACACAAUAUAUUUAUACUCUGUAUACUGUAUACACAAUAUAUUAAUACUCUGUAUACUGUAUACACACAAUAUAUUUAUACUCUGUAUACUGUAUACACAAUAUAUUUAUACUCUGUAUACUGCAUACACAAUAUAUUUAUACUAUGUAUACUGUAUACACAAUAUAUUUAUACUCUGUAUACUCUAUACACAAUAUAUUUAUACUCUGUAUACUGUAUACACAAUAUAUUUAUACUCUCUAUACUGUAUACACAAUAUAUUAAUACUCUGUAUACUAUAUACACAAUAUAUUAAUACUCUGUAUACUGUAUACACAAUAUAUUUAUACUCUGUAUACUGUAUACACAAUAUAUUAAUACUCUGUAUACUAUAUACACAAUAUAUUUAUACUCUGUAUACUAUAUACACAAUAUAUUUAUACUCUGUAUACUGCAUACACAAUAUAUUUAUACUCUGUAUACUAUACACACAAUAUAUUUAUACCCUGUAUACUAUAUACACAAUAUAUUAAUACUCUGUAUACUAUAUACACAAUAUAUUUAUACUCUGUAUACUAUACACACAAUAUAUUAAUACUCUGUAUACUAUAUACACAAUAUAUUUAUACUCUGUAUACUGCAUACACAAUAUAUUAAUACUCUGUAUACUGUAUACACAAUAUAUUUAUACUCUGUAUACUAUAUACACAAUAUAUUUAUACUCUGUAUACUGCAUACACAAUAUAUUUAUACUCUGUAUACUAUACACACAAUAUAUUUAUACCCUGUAUACUAUAUACACAAUAUAUUAAUACUCUGUAUACUAUAUACACAAUAUAUUUAUACUCUGUAUACUGCAUACACAAUAUAUUAAUACUCUGUAUACUGUAUACACAAUAUAUUUAUACUCUGUAUACUAUACACACAAUAUAUUAAUACUCUGUAUACUAUAUACACAAUAUAUUUAUACUCUGUAUACUCUAUACACAAUAUAUUUAUACCCUGUAUACCAUAUACACAAUAUAUUUAUACUCUGUAUACUAUAUACACAAUAUAUUUAUACUCUGUAUACAGCCAUACAGUGUCCAUAGCAAUGCAUGGCUCUCUAUGGAGUAUGGGAAACAUCACACUAAACACAGCUAUCCUCUGAAUGGCCUGCCUUACUGUAACAAUACAUUAUACACAUAAACAUAAUACAAUAUCAAGCUACUGGGAUACCAAACACUGCACUGUUAUUAUACCCCCCCCCCCCACACACACACACAAUCUGUAUACUAUAUACACAAUAUAUUAAUACUCUGUAUACUAAAUACACAAUAUAUUUAUACUCUGUAUACACACAAUAUAUUUAUACUCUGUAUACUGUAUACACAAUAUAUUUAUACUCUGUAUACUGUAUACACAAUAUAUUUAUACAAUGUAUACUAUAUACACAAUAUAUUUAUACUCUGUAUACUAUAUACACAAUAUAUUAAUACUCUGUAUACUAAAUACACAAUAUAUUAAUACUCUGUAUACUAUAUACACAAUAUAUUUAUACUCUGUAUACACAAUAUAUUUAUACUCUGUAUACUGUAUACACAAUAUAUUAAUACUCUGUAUACUAUAUACACAAUAUAUUUAUACUCUGUAUACUAUAUACACAAUAUAUUAAUACUCUGUAUACUAAAUACACAAUAUAUUAAUACUCUGUAUACUAUAUACACAAUAUAUUUAUACUCUGUAUACACAAUAUAUUUAUACUCUGUAUACUGUAUACACAAUAUAUUAAUACUCUGUAUACUGUAUACACAAUAUAUUUAUACUCUGUAUACUAUAUACACAAUAUAUUAAUAAUCUGUAUACUAUAUACACAAUAUAUUUAUACUCUGUAUACUAAAUACACAAUAUAUUAAUACUCUGUAUACUAUAUACACAAUAUAUUUAUACUCUGUAUACACAAUAUAUUUAUACUCUGUAUACUAUAUACACAAUAUAUUUAUACUCUGUAUACACAAUAUAUUUAUACUCUGUAUACUAUAUACACAAUAUAUUUAUACUAUGUAUACUGUAUACACACAAUAUAUUUAUACUCUGUAUACUAUAUACACAAUAUAUUUAUACUAUGUAUACUGUAUACACAAUAUAUUUAUACUCUGUAUACUAUAUACACAAUAUAUUAAUACUCUGUAUACUAUAUACACAAUAUAUUUAUACUCUGUAUACUAUAUACACAAUAUAUUAAUACUCUGUAUACUAUAUACACAAUAUAUUAAUACUCUGUAUACUAUAUACACAAUAUAUUUAUACUCUGUAUACUAUAUACACAAUAUAUUAAUACUCUGUAUACUAUAUACACAAUAUAUUAAUACUCUGUAUACUAUAUACACACAAUAUAUUUAUACUCUAUAUACUAUAUACUUUUAAUAUAUUAUUACUCUGUAUACCUAUAUACAAUAUAUUUAUACUCUGUAUACUAUAUACACAAUAUAUUAAUACUCUGUAUACUAUAUACACAAUAUAUUAAUACUCUGUAUACUAUAUACACAAUAUAUUUAUACUCUGUAUACUAUAUACACAAUAUAUUAAUACUCUGUAUACUAAAUACACAAUAUAUUUAUACUCUGUAUACUAUAUACACAAUAUAUUAAUACUCUGUAUACUAUAUACACAAUAUAUUAAUACUAUGUAUACUGUAUACACAAUAUAUUUAUACUCUGUAUACUAUAUACACAAUAUAUUAAUACUCUGUAUACUAUAUACACAAUAUAUUUAUACUCUGUAUACACAAUAUAUUUAUACUCUGUAUACUGUAUACACAAUAUAUUUAUAUUCUGUAUACUAUAUACACAAUAUAUUAAUACUCUGUAUACUAUAUACACAAUAUAUUUAUACUCUGUAUACUAUAUACACAAUAUAUUUAUACUCUGUAUACUAUAUACACAAUAUAUUAAUACUCUGUAUACUAUAUACACAAUAUAUUUAUACUCUGUAUACUAUAUACACAAUAUAUUAAUACUCUGUAUACUAUAUACACAAUAUAUUUAUACUCUGUAUACUAUAUACACAAUAUAUUUAUACUCUGUAUACUAUAUACACAAUAUAUUAAUACUCUGUAUACUAUAUACACAAUAUAUUUAUACUCUGUAUACACAAUAUAUUUAUACAAUGUAUACUAUAUACACAAUAUAUUAAUACUCUGUAUACUAUAUACACAAUAUAUUUAUACUCUGUAUACUAUAUACACAAUAUAUUAAUACUCUGUAUACUAAAUACACAAUAUAUUAAUACUCUGUAUACUAUAUACACAAUAUAUUUAUACUCUGUAUACACAAUAUAUUUAUACUCUGUAUACUGUAUACACAAUAUAUUAAUACUCUGUAUACUGUAUACACAAUAUAUUUAUACUCUGUAUACUAUAUACACAAUAUAUUAAUAAUCUGUAUACUAUAUACACAAUAUAUUUAUACUCUGUAUACUAAAUACACAAUAUAUUAAUACUCUGUAUACUAUAUACACAAUAUAUUUAUACUCUGUAUACACAAUAUAUUUAUACUCUGUAUACUAUAUACACAAUAUAUUUAUACUCUGUAUACACAAUAUAUUUAUACUCUGUAUACUAUAUACACAAUAUAUUUAUACUAUGUAUACUGUAUACACACAAUAUAUUUAUACUCUGUAUACUAUAUACACAAUAUAUUUAUACUAUGUAUACUGUAUACACAAUAUAUUUAUACUCUGUAUACUAUAUACACAAUAUAUUAAUACUCUGUAUACUAUAUACACAAUAUAUUUAUACUCUGUAUACACAAUAUAUUUAUACUCUGUAUACUGUAUACACACAAUAUAUUUAUACUCUGUAUACUGUAUACACAAUAUAUUAAUACUCUGUAUACUAUAUACACAAUAUAUUUAUACUCUAUACUAAAUACACAAUAUAUUAAUACUCUGUAUACUAUAUACACAAUAUAUUUAUACUCUGUAUACUAUAUACACAAUAUAUUUAUCUGUAUACUCACAAUAUAUUAAUACUCUGUAUACUAUAUACACAAUAUAUUUAUACUCUGUAUACUAUAUACACAAUAUAUUAAUACUCUGUAUACUAUAUACACAAUAUAUUUAUACUCUGUAUACUAAAUACACAAUAUAUUAAUACUCUGUAUACUAUAUACCCAAUAAAUUUAUACUCUGUAUACUAAAUACACAAUAUAUUAAUACUCUGUAUACUAUAUACACAAUAUAUUAAUACUCUGUAUACUAUAUACACAAUAUAUUUAUACUCUGUAUACACAAUAUAUUUAUACUCUGUAUACUGUAUACACACAAUAUAUUUAUACUCUGUAUACUGUAUACACAAUAUAUUAAUACUCUGUAUACUAUAUACACAAUAUAUUUAUACUCUAUACUAAAUACACAAUAUAUUAAUACUCUGUAUACUAUAUACACAAUAUAUUUAUACUCUGUAUACUGUAUACACACAAUAUAUUUAUACUCUAUAUACUAUAUGCACAAUAUAUUUAUACUCUGAUACCGAUAUUCUGUACAUUUACCAUUUAAAAACAAACUAUUUCUACACAAAUCUACCGUUAACUGAACAUGUUUAUUAUUUUAUUUUUUGCCAAUCUUUAUUUUUCUUAACGUAAAUGCACAAAAUAUACAUACCUGUCAGAAUUUUUUUGUUUUCAAGAAUAUAUGUGUAAAGUGAGAGUAUUUGAUUAGUGAAUGCAGUAUGUGUAUUUGUGUAGUGUGUGUGUUUGUGUAGUGUAAUGCUGAAAAUACACAACAUUGGCCAGACCGAUAAUCGGUCGAUCCCUAAUCUGUAUACUUCAUACACAAUAUAUUUAUACUCUGUAUAUUUCAUUCACAAUAUAUUUAUAGUUUACACAAUAUAUUUGUAAUCUCUAUACUUAAUACACAAUAUAUUUAUAAUCUUUAUACUUCAUACACAAUAUAUACUGUACACCAGCGGUUCACAAACUGUGUGCCGCGGUGCCCUGGGGCACACAGGGGAGCCACAAGUUAUUUUCCCGGUGCCAUGAUGAUAGCACCGGGAACUGUGCUCUCCCCUGCCGGCUCUGCAGGACUGAAGGGGAGAUCAGAGAUCUCCCUCUCCGGCCCACUAGCACUCUGCUGGCAGGCGGCAGGGGAGGGAGGGAGAGAGGACCCGGGGAGCUCUAACCUGCAGCUCUGCCGGGUUCUCCUCUCGCAAACUCAGAGCGUUGCUGUGGUUACCACAGCAACGUUCCGAAUCUUGCGAGAGUGAACUCUAGUAGCUCCUCAGGCUGCUAGAGUUCACUGUCACCACCAGGACCACCAGGGAUUGUAGGGAAUGUCCCCUCUCCCAGACAAAGAUAAGCAGGGGGGGGGGGCGGACAUCAUAUUUAUUUUUAAUAAUAAAAAAAAAGAUAUUUAUUAACUUGCACUCCUACUCCCACAGACCCCACACCACACAAUAGCUCCCCAUACACACAAACUCCUGACUUAGUAAACAGUCCUGUUUGAAUGUGUAUUUUAUGCAGUUUUAUUUUAUGGCAAUUUCCUAGAACUGGAUUUUUUCAUGUAGAAAACAAAUGCCUCUGGUUGCUGUUGUCUGCCCACUCGAUUUUUCCCCCUUGUUUUCUUGUUUGGGUGAUUUAUAUAGCUUUUUAUGAGUUUUAUAGAAUAUAAGCUGGCUAUUUGUGUAGCCUUCCAGCUAUGAAUCAGAUUAGUCUAUCACUGAGUGCAUUUAUGAUGCAAUGCGUCAGAUGCCUUGUCUUGCAAGCGAUCAAAAAAAUCAUUAACCUGGGGGAGAAGAAUGUCUGUGAUGUUUUUGUUUUAAUGAUUUGUUAAUAAAGAGUCAAUAUUUUAACUCAACCAAUUCCUGUUUGGUUUUCCUAUUAAUGUAUAGAUGGUUGGUUGGAUUUUGUAAUUGGAUUUAUGGUUCUCCUGUACUAUACCAUCCGUUUUUGAGCUUCUCAGUUUUUUAUUGCUCACUCUUAAACUUUAAAUUCUUCCUAAACUCUAUUUCAUCUGUUUAUUUGUCUUGCUAAUAGUAAAUGGUUCUUAUCUGCCGUCACAUUCUAUGUUUCUAAUUAUAUCGUUUUUGCAUGGAAGAGUUUCCCACCCUCGAUCAUUUCGACCAGUGUGGAAAUUCAGAUUUUAAAACAGAAAUGAAUUUUAGAUUUUAUAUGCCAUAAUUGUUAACAUUUAGGAAGUAAUGUGAUUUUAAAGGGACAUUGUAGGCACCGUUACCACUUCCACUAAUCACUAAGUGAUUGUAGUGUGUAGUGUCUGAGAGUGCCGGGUCCUGCAUCACUGUUAUAUGAUUUACUCAUCAGUUAGCAAAGAUUCCUCAGAAGCCUGCAGUUGAUUUCCCAAUAAAGAUAUGGGAAGUCAUAGUUCUGCUUUGCCUUGUGCCAUACCAAUUCAUACCAGGGAUUGCAGGCAGUGAUAGGCUGACAGUGCUCAGCUGACAUUGUCUGCCUACUGCUGGUAUGGUGUGAGGGAGAGCACUAUUACACCUCCUCCAUAUCCUCAUUGGAGAUCUUGCUGUAGAACACCAAGUAUCUUGGCUAAACUCAAUCAGUUGAAAUGGUUCUGGUGCCUUCAGUGUCCCUUUGAUCAGUUUUUUUUGUAAUACAGGUGGUCCUCGUUUUGCAACCUAUCUAUUUUACGGCGGCUCACACUUACAACCAGCUCUCUCGCAGGGUGGUAAGUGUGAGCCGUAGUGGAAAUUAGAGGGAUUCCCUGCUCUCCUGCGUUCGUCUAAGUUCGAGGAAAUUUCUUUACACUUCUCCUUGAUUUAUUUCCCCUUAUGAUUCUAUACAUUGUGCUAGAAAUCGUUAGUCAACCGUGCUCCCCUCCUGUCAGACAGACUAUCAGCAUUGGCUCUAUGCCGAUGUCUGUCUGCAAGAGAAUACGCUUACAAGCUGUUAUAUCGCUCAUCUUCAAGCCUCUGUAGAACGCAUUCCCCUCUUUCCUCCCCAAGUCCUAGUCCCAAGAUGGCUACCUCAACAGGAAGAAGACCUAUCGGACGUCUGACAUCCAACAGACAGGCUGUGCCAGGUUUAGAGAAACGGUCUGAGGUUUUACCAACAGGGCCAGUGCAAAAGAGAAGGUUGCUGCCCACAAAAGUGGACUAAAGGCGGCCCAUGGAAAUGUUGUGCUAGAGCUACGUAUGCUCUAAAUAUGAAGACACAAAGAAUUUGAGUGAAAAUAGCAAACCCUUUUUAAUUUGGACACGAGAGAGGGCAAUACGCAGGAUCGAAAAGGUCAUUUAGUUGUAUUUUUUUAGUAUAUAGUAUAUUUAGUAAGUAUUUUAUAAGACUUUAUUAAGAAAGUAAAACUCUACUUCAACAGUGAUUUAGUAUAUUCACUGACUCCUAAAUCCCCAGUUGUUUGGGUCACAUGGCUCCUUGCUUACAGGCCCUAUUAACAAUCAUGUUAAUGAUGUAGUCUCCACCUCCUCAUCUCAUGAAGUCUACAUUAGUCGUCAUAUCCAUGAGGAACAUAAUGGUACAUCGUGGUUUCUUCUACAAAACACUUAUUUUUUUUUUCCCGUGAGAAUAAGGUGGUUUAUCCAAUAUUUAGUUCCUUGGUGCUGAAGACGAGCUUUUCGCCCACUCUCAGUAGUGACACAUACAGACAACUCUGAGUCACUGUCUUUUAUGGUCUUUUAGAAAACAAUAUACAUGUUCUGGGGUGAUAUACUGUUAACUUGAAUCUUCUAUAAGAAAUGAGACCUUGACUCAAUAGUCUAGACCUGGUAUAGCUACAGCAAAGCAAUUCUUUUAUUCUUUUUGCCCUUUUAAAUAUAAUCUUUAGUUGACUCUCAAUGCUUUAAUGAUGGACUGUCGCUUGUUUUUUUGUCUUAUGUUGGCUGAGGUCAUAUGGAUCAAACCCACCAUCCAUGCAACCACAAAUAAUUAAUGUCCCCAGGACUUACACCGUGACUCGUAAGCAAGUGUACACCCCUAGUGAUUUCCUGUUGGCUGUCUGCAACUGACCUCUCUCCCAAAGUAUGUGUACAGGACAAAAAUGUAUUACAAGAAUUCACUUGGUUGACAUGCUAGAUAUUCAUGAUAAUUAACAUAUGUUUAUCAUCUUGUAAAAUAUGAUGUCAAUUAUGCUUUUCGUUCUUUUAGAUGUAAUAUUAUGUUGUAGAUCAGUGGUCCUUAACAUGACGCUAGCUUGGCAACCCAUUCUUCAAGGAAACAAUUUAAAAGAAAUGGAUGAAAAGUCUACUUUUCAAAUGCAUUCUUAUUGACAUUGAAAUAAAUUUAGCAAAAUACUUUGAUCAGACUUUCCCCACCAUCAAAGGGACCAGCUGCACUGGGAAAAGCUGUUCUGCUACAGUAAACAUUUUGUCUGUCCUGAUAUGUCCUUGUCAGUGAGGACCCAUUUUGGGGUCCCAAGUCAGGGAUUAAACAUUACUGUAUUUGUUACUAAAAAUGCCCCUCUGUGUAUAGAACUAUGCACAGAAUUGACAUAGAUCAGCCCGGAGUUCUUAUAACAACUCCGAUAGCAAAGGGGUUCACCUCAGUAUGUGCUGCAUUUAAUAGGGAAAUGCUGCAGAUAUAGACUCCAAGCACCAUGACCACUUCAAAUCACUGAAGUGGUCCUGGUGCUUGGAGUAAUCCUUUAAAGAAAAUCACAACAGAAGAGCGAAAGAGAAACUACUUAGUGUUUUCAGCUAAUAAGAAUACAGCAUUCAAGCCGUAAUCAAAGAUUAUUAAAAAAAUAUGUGAUGUUAAUAAAUUAAGGAGAGCCUCUUGUCAGCAAUAAAAUGCUGAAUUCUCGGAACAGUAAAGGUUGAAAUAUGCGCUGUCUUGUUGAAAGCAAUCUUUAUUUUAUUGUAAUUUUACUUUUCUAUUUUUUAGUAACGUUAGGCAGAAAUACUUUAGACUUCUGCUUGUUUUUUUUUUUAAUAGAAGCAGCAUUACAAAUACUUUUAAGAUCUCGGCUUACUUAAAGGAACACAAUAACGUUAGGAAUACAAAUCUGUGUCUUCAUGUCCCUACUCUUUUUCAGAUUUACCCAACUUUUCCAGCGACAGGCUCCACCUUUCCAGCUGCUUACCCCCAUCUCCUCUGGCUAUGACCAUUCCAAUUCUCGUCAUAGAGGAGCAUUGGGGACAUAAUGAGAAUUAGGUGCAUUGAAUUAAUGCUUUCCUAUUGGACUUCCGCGUCACGUGAACCAGUUUUACUCUCUCAGUGCAGCAAAAGCAUUUCUAGUUAUUGUUAUACUAACAGGCACUAGAGAAGGAGUGAAAGUAACUACACUGCCUACAUGCAAAAUAAGUAAAAAUCACUGUUUAGUUGAAUGUUUAGAAAUGAAAACUUGCAUACAUUUAAUUAUGCAUUUUUUUAUUGGGUGUCUAUCCUAAAACCGUUUGCAAGGCAGGUGCUCAGAGAAAUAAACUGAUUCCUGUGUUUCGCUCCACUGAUCUAACUAAUCCAGGAAGUACCAGGACCACUUGUAUGAUUAAAAGCCGGGAAGGGGGGGUGAAAUCUGCAUGUUUUGCAAAAUGAAAAAGUGGACACACUAUCCACACAUAAAGCUUUUCAGCAAUCUAAAGUGCUUUAGGGUUCUGAAGUGUCACUUUUAACCUUUCAAUGUAAUCAAAAUAUUUUACCUUGCAGAGUUAAAAGGACAGGGACACUGCACCCAGAUCUCUUCGUUAAGACAAAGAUUUCUGGAUGACUAUAUUGCCCCUCUAAACAGAAAGGAGAUGCUGAUCAUCAGAGAGUGGCGUUUUGCUGUGCAUGCGCAAUAGCUUCUCAAUGCUUUCCUAUUUGAAAGCAGUGGAUUGGUUGAGAUCGUCAAGUUUGAUCUCUGCCAAGGAGGCAGAAGAGAGCCAGUCGUUGUGAGACUCACUCUGCUCUCGAAAAAAAGAUGAGUUUAACACCUUUUUAAAUGCAGGUAAUGGGGUACCUAACCGAUGUUUUUAAAACUAUAGUGUCAGGAAUAUACGUUUGUAUUCCUGACGUUAUAGUGUUCCUUUAAGAACACAGUUUGAGGACUAAUAAUGAUUAAAGGGACUUGGGCGACCAAUUAGACAAGAUUAAGGGCAAGCUAGAGGACUAUAAAAUCGAAAGGGCUUGAAGCAAGAUGGCAUUUAAUGAGGCUCAUGUGACUCGGAGCAAAGCGUGACACUUAGCAAACGUCUUGUGUGAAAAAAAAUACAGCAUGUUGAAGAGAUUAAAGCUAUCAAAUGCAUUAAUGUCGUAUUGGUGCCUGGAGUGUCCCUUUAAAUAAGCAGAACUGUGCUCGUCAUUUCCUAAAUCUGGAAUUUUCCAAGGAAUUUACAUUUUUUAGACCAAAAUAAUUGAGUUAUUGGGGCAUUUAGGCCAGAAAUGUGAAAUGUCCAUUUUGUGUCAACUCCUGACUUAGUAAACAGUCUUGUUUGAAUGCGUAUUUUAUGCAGUUUUAUUUUAUGGCAAUUUCCUAGAACUAGAUUUUUAAGUAUGUAGAAAACAUACUUAAAAUGCGUUAUUGUGUAUGCUGGUUCAUACUAUUGUCUCACCACCUCCUGAUGUCUAAUCAGACUGAGGAUAUACUGUGCCCACGUCAGAGGGUAGCACAGCCAGUCACCAGUGUUUGCGAUCAUUAGGAUGACUGUCUCUCACAAAAGAAGAGGAAUUCCUGAUGGAAUAUGCCUGCUGGUUCCACUAUCUUCCAUGGUGACAGCCCCAGAUGUGGUAGACACAUUUUAUACAUAUUACCUAUGUGUCUACCACAUCUGUCCCACAAACACUGUCUGGACCUCAUGGGAGUCCUCUAAACCUUCUAUUUACCAUGAGGGAAUUCAAGGCUCUAAUCUAUGCCCACUUUUGGUAUGUGACAGCAUGUUUGUUUGUUUUGUAAUGACAAAGAAGGAUUUUCCAGUGUUCUCACUCAAAUCUUUCCUAAAGAAAAUUUGCUUAAAAUCCCACAAACUAGAGUUCCAGGAAGUAUUCAUGCGUUUCUCACUAAAGGAACACUUUAGUUAGUGUUAGGAAUACAAAGAUGUAUUUCUAACACUAAAGUGUCCCUCUGUAAUCCCCUCCCCCCACCGUGAAAGGGUUAAAAAUGAGAUAAAGUGGUCUGGGUGCCUAUAGUGUUCCUUUUAAUGCGGAACUCGUGUAUAUACGAUUGCCAGGGUCUGCACCCAUACCCCGCAAUUGAAUGCAUGAUUGCAACCGUUGCAAAUGAAAUUCAUUCAGUGCAAAUUAAUUUAGUUUUGAAUGAUUUUGCUUAUAGCAGAGCUGCCGCUACCUUUUAAGCACCAGCUUUAAUCAGCUCCCCAGCAGCCCACCACCCCAUGCAGCACAGCCGUUAGGGAGAUAUAGCGAUCUCUUUGCACAGUGCCAAGCUGCUUACUCUGGAGGCUGCCCACUCACUGUUAGACAGACAUACAGCCAGAGACUCAUGCACACUUGUCAAACAAACACACAGCCAGUCAUACAUACUCACACACAAUAGAAACACACCCCCAUUGACAAACAGAUACACAACCAGACAUACACAGACACUCACACAAUAGAUACACUGAAAAACUGACACCCAGAGACACACACAGUUCGACACUAACAAACACAGGUCCCCAACCUCUUCCCUCCACAGCAACCAGAACUAAACUUACACGCCUUCUAUUGCAGUUUGCAAACCCCUUUGGCAGCGUAGCGGGAGAGACAGGCGGUGUUAUAACAUGCCACAUCCCCACCCCCUCUACACAUUGCUUCAGAUCUGAUCCUCAGCGGCCAGUUAGAGCAGCUCUGUGGUGACGCUAUGAUAUCACAUGCUCCAGCGCUGCUGACUGUGACUGAGAUGUGCAGGCCAAUAUUUCUGUCUCCUUAACUGGACCAACAAGUGUUACAGGGUCCCAGCAAUGGACCCGGCCCAUUACAAGAGUACUGCCUGUACCGCCUUGAUGGUGGCUCUGCUCACAGAUACACCAGGAUACUCUUUCAAGCACAUGUACGCUACAAAAUGCUAGAUAUGCACACACACAGGUGCCAAUACACACUGCCAGGUGCACAAUGUGAUUUUGUGACUGUAUCUGUCGGUGUAUGUGUGUCAUUGUGUGUCACUAUACAUCAGUGUGUUUGUGUAUGUGUGUGCGUUUCUCAGAGUAUUUGUGGGCUUAUAUCGAGUGUACAUAUGUGCGUGUAUUUGUGCACGUAUAUUUGAAUGUAUCCAAAGUGACAACGUCAUGGUAAUGUGGCAAAAUUAGAAUAUAAAUAUGGAGAUUUUUUUUGUCCAGACAAAAUGUUCAUAUUGUUUCCGUGAAAUAUUGCGCUAUCGAGGCAUACUGAAACGAAAAAUACAUUUAUACAUUACUUUCCAGGAUACCAAAAUUACUGUGUUUGUUCUGCAAAUCGUUUUAUAUUGAAGGAGUUAAGCUAACACCCCAAGGAACAUCUACUUUGUCACAAAUCUUCAUAUCCUCUGUAAAAAAAAUAAAAAAAAGUUGCCUUCCAAAGUGUCUGCCACGUCCCUAAUGAAUAUAUUGAAAAAGAUUGAUCCAUUUAGCACUGAUCUAUCCUCUGAAAACACAUCACUCUAUUGUCUGCCUUUCAGCAUAUUCUUUGUCUUCUAAUGUUAAAAGUGCACAAUGAGAAACAACCAGAAAAAACCUUAGCUUGAUGCAGGGCUUGACAAAUUUCUUUGAAAUCUAGGAGCCAGCUAGAAAAGUUAGGAGUCAGAGAAAUCAACACCAAAAAUAAAAUUCUUAAAGGGACACUGUAGUCACUGUUAUGGACGUAAAUUAGGAUUAGUAAAACAUCUAUUUACUCUGUGCAUCUGUGCUCGUUAUUUACUGUGUUAACUUGUCUGCUAGAGCAACCCCUCCCCUCCCGUGUUCACUAACUGCUCCCCCUCCCAUCGACUAACUGCCUGUGUAACAAGAUGGCAGUGGCGGAUCCAGAGCCUGAUCUCGGGAGGGGCACUUGUAGAUUAUUUAAUUAAAUAAUCCAGGCACAAUAACCACUACAGCUCAGUGUAGUAGUUAUGGUGUCAGUAGUGCCAGGAUUCCACCCCAGACUAAGUAGUCAUACCGUUUAAGAACAGUUUGACAACUUACCUGGGGUCUGCUGGGAUAUAGGGUAUAGGAGCAGUGGUGUGUGUUAAGGGUGAAGUGUGUGAGUGCGGCAGUGUAUGUCAGGGUUGUAGUGUGUGUGUUAGGGGGCAGUGUAUGUAUGGGGGCACUGUAUGUGUUUUUGGUGCAGUGUGGGUAUGGGGACAGUGUUUGUGGGGACAGUGUUUGUGGGGCAGUGUGUGUGUAUGGGGACAGUGUUUGUGGGGCAGUGUGUGUAUGGGGACAGUGUUUGUGGGGCAGUGUGUGUAUGGGGACAGUGUUUGCGGGGCAGUGUGUGUAUGGGGACAGUGUUUGCGGGGCUGUGUGUGUAUGGGGACAGUGUUUGUGGGGUCAGUGUGUGUGGGGCAAUGGGGGCAGUGUGUGUGUGUGUGUAAUGGGGGGGGGAGGAGGCUUUUAAAUAAUAAAAAAUAUUUUUAUUUAAUAAAAAUAAAUAUUCUAUGUCCCCCCUCCCUUCUUACCUUUAUUUAGGAGGAGGGGAAAGAUUUCCCUGGUGGUCCGGUGGGGGAUUCAUUGGUGGUCAGGUGGUCAGAGUGAACUUUAGCCCAUGCUCCCGGGCUAGAGUUCACUCUCACGAGAUUUGGAGCGUUGCCGUGGUAACCGCGGCAACGCUCCAAAUGUCGAGAGAGGAGGACCCGGAGGAGCUGCAGACUGAGCUCCGGGUCCUCUCUCACUUCCUCCCUCCGCCGCCGGCUGUCAGUACGGUGCCUGCGGACCGGGGAGGGAGAUCUCUGAUCUCCCUCCCCGCUCUACAGGCACAUUGCAGGGCUGGCACUUGGGCAAUGCCAGCCCUGCGUUAGCCGGCAGGGGGGAAUCUCGGGGGGGGGCAAUUGCCCCCCCCCCUGGAUCCGCCAAUGCAAGAUGGCGCUGGAAUCUGGAGGAGAACUCCGUGAUAACAGUAACAUCAUGGCCUGUAGGUUGUGCAUUAGAUAAAACACUUAACACUUAACCAAUUAAAGAUGUAUUUUCUCUGAAAUCUUGCUUUCUGCAUAUGGGGCUCCCUGCCCCCCUGAUUAAAACAUUCCGAAGUUUUUCAUCAACAUGGAAACUUGUGUCUGGUGUGAAUUACUUUAGGAGCGUGCACGCAUUUAUAUUGACAAUUUGGACAGGGGCAGAUAUUCAAAUAAUCAAACACUUGAUUUGAUCCACAACAGUCACCAGAACCACUACAGCCUAAUGUCGUUGUUCUGAAGUCUAUAUCCUGCCUCUGAACGCUUUUCAAUGUAAACACUGACACCUCUACUGACAGUCACUCAGUCGGCCUCUAGAGGUGCUUCCUGGUUCAGUGCUUCACACCGUGCAGCUCCGAUAUUAAUGUUCCCUAUAGGGAUGCAUUAAUUCAUUCUGAUUUAUUUUGCCAUGCAUGUGCAAGAGUUUCCCCAUGCAUUCCUAUAGGGAAGCAUUGGAUUGGCUGAGAUCAUCAAGAUUGAUGAGCUCAGCCAUGGAUAUGGGGCCAGCUGCGGCAUCACCAGCACGACAAGGGAAAAUGGUGAGUAAAAACACUUUUCCCAUGUGAUUGGAGGGAAUACACACUCACUCACUGACAGACACAUACAGACAAACACACACUUAUAGACAGACAGAGACACACACACUCAGACAUACAGACACACACACACACACACACACACACACACACACACACACACACAGACAGACAUGCUCACAAAUAAUUACCAGUGGGGCUGCUGUCAUCUCCCUACUCAGCUUCCUCUUGAGCACUGUUUAGUGAGCCGAGGGCCGGAGUGACUUCAUAACCGGGCUCCUGGCGUCACUACAAGGCGUGCGAGGGAGCAGAGCAGGGAGAUUACAGCUCCCUUGCUGCUGCACUAAGUCAGCAGGCCCCCCUUUCUCAGCUCACCAUAAGCCAUCGAGCCACCCCUCUCCCUCACUCAGCCGCUUGCCUCAGCCCUCAGUGAGCCGACUGCUGCAUCCCUCAGUGAGCCGCAUGCCCACCUCUGCUCUCAGGCAGCUGGUCACCUCAGGGGCUGAACAGGCUCACGAAUCAAGCCCUUGCUUAAUGAGCAGUUUUGGUGUAUAGAUCGUGCCUCUGGAGUCCCACUGCUCAAUUGCCAUUUAGGAGUUAAGUCACUUUGUUUAUGCAGCCGUAGCCACACCUCUUCUGGCUGUGACUCACGUAACCUCCCUGCACACAUCCUGAAAAAAUAAAUCAAUUUAUCUUCCUGCAAGGUGUGUUUAAUUUAGAGGUUCUAAUCCCCUGCUCCGGUUUAUGUCUGUUAGAGCAUAAAGUAGCCUCCUGUUUGUGAUUAAUGAAACACUCCAAUUGUAUUUAACAGCUUAGUACAUAUACCCACAAUGCAAGGCUCGACAAAUCCCAGGUCGCCAUGGCGACUAAAUAUUUUGUCCUGGCAUCUGGGAUUCGUCAGCCCGGUCCUUCCUCCUUUUGUCUUAAUCCUCGUGCAGGGGAAUUGCAAGCUUACCUGGCAGGAUACCAGGUAAACACGGCUCUGCUCCCCGCCCUCCUCCCAACCCCAUACUCGACUCUGCUACCCGUCCCCAUGCUGCAUACCCGACCCUGCUACACGCCUACCUCCAUGCCGCAAAAAAGCCGACCCUGCUCCCCACCCGCCCCCAUGCUGCGAAGCCGAUGAAACACUGGCAACCAGUCCUUUCCCCUGUGUGACCUCAGCGCCGGGAGGAAGUUGUUACAGUUCACUUCACUUCCUCCUGGCGCACAGAGACAGCUGCUAAGACAGUGAGGAGGAGAAAGUCUGAAACAGCGGCUGCCUACUCCCAUCAGCCGCAGCCAGCCCCACUAACCUGUCACUUGCUGCUGCCUAAUCCCACUAGACACCAGGGAAGCCACCCUCCUGAGCCCAAAAGGUAGGAAACAGGAUGGUUACUAAAAGAAAUGUGUAUUUAAAAAAAACCUGUGCAUCUGUCGUGUAUGUCUCUAUGUGUAUUUGUCUGUGUGUAUGUAUGAAUGUUUGUGUGUAUAUAUAUAUUUGAGUGUAUUAAUAGUACUUUGUGAGUGUGUCUGUCUCUGUCAGUGUGUGUGUCUGACUGUGUCAGUAUGUGCGUGUCUGACUGUCUUGUUCAGUGUGUGUACUUGUGUGUCUCUGUCUGUGUGUGUGUCAGUUCGCGUGUCUGUCUAUGAAUGUGUAUGUUUAAGUCACCAGCCCCCUCAGAUCGCAUGGGUAUGAUGCUUUUACUCAUCUUUUUACCAGCGCUGUGCCGGUCUCGCCAGAGCUGGCCCGCCUCCAUAACAGAGAUCAUUAAUUGCCAGUCAUCAUUUCCUCAUAGAAAUGCAUUAAAUCAAUUAAAAGCAUCUCUAUGAGGAACGUGCAGCGCCUCCAUGCAGAGCGUGGAGACACUGAAUGUAGGUGGUGCACAUUGUGCAGCACUGAGAUAGGCGACCCUUAAGUGGCCAUCUGAGUGACAGCCUCUAGCGGUGUUACUAGGCAGCAAUGUAAACACUGCCUUUUCUCCGAAAAGGCGUUUUUUACAUUGAAAAGUCUGCAGGGACAGGCUAUAGACACCAGAACGACGACAUUAAGCUGUAGUGGUUCUGGUGACUAUAGUGUUCCUUUAAGAAUUAUAUUUUUGUCGUUACGGGGAAAAAAACAAACUGGCUCCUAAAUUGAAAGCAAAUUUGUCAAGCCCUGCCCCAAUGAAAACAUGCAUUUGUUACUGCAUUUUUCCAUUGGAUAUAUAGCUAAAAACAAUUUACAAAAUCUGCAGAUCUCUUGUCUGCAGUAUUUGCAAACCAUUUCCUUUCCCACCCACCCCCCAGAACAUACUUUCUGUGGCUGUCCAAUCAUAGUCUUCCUAAUGAAGCUUAUUAUGCAGCUGCCUCUAAACUACCAAGAAGUAGCAACACUCAUCGGAUUGACAUCCAGGAGGGGAUAACAGGGUUAAUUUAUAAAUGUGCUGAUUUCUAUUGAAAUCUAAACUUUUUGUAAAAUUAAGAAAAUAGGAUAGCUGCUUCGAACAUGAAGCACUUCAGCAAGGAGUUUUUUGUUUUUUUAAAGUUCUAAUAACAGAGAUAAAAACUUCUAAAGUGAACACACUUUGUGGUAAGAUCAGAUUGAUAUUUUUUUAUGGAGGUUGUGUAAAUCACAGCCAGGUAGGAUUUUGUGUAGUUCAAAAACCCCAAAUUGAGCAGUGAGACUGCAGGUGCAUGAUCUUUCAACCAAACCUGUUUUAUUAUGCUGCAGUGGUUGUGGUGCCCCUUUAAUGGGUUACCAUAACCACUCCAGCUUGAUUAUUGAUAUCAGCAAAGCACCUAGUGGCCCCUAUGCUGUCUCUUUAAGUGGAAGCAGACUCUUGAAAUAUAUGAUAUCUUGCCUUUAAGUUCCAUGUAAAAGUGAUGUAUUUCUUUGCAAUAAAUGUUUAUAUAAGAUGGUGAUUUAAUAAUGUGUUCUUCUCCUGUAGGUUUGCAGUAUGAAGCUUGUUAAUCUGAAGCAGGCCAUUCUUCAAGCCUGGAGGGAGAGGUGGAGUGACUACCAAUGGGCUAUAAACAUGAAAAGGUUUUUCCCCAAAGGGGUCACCUGGGACAUUCUGAAUCUGGCAGGUAAAGUACCCAAGCACUCAGUACAUACUUUUUAUGCAUUGGUGAACACGGUGGCCUUCAGGCAACUGCACACAACCAUUAGCAAAAAGAUAUUUUAAUAAAACUUUUUUUUAUUUUAAAGAUAUUAAAUAAUACCGGUCACAAAUAAAUCUUAUUUUACUUGUCGUGGUAGAGUUGUUUAUAGUGAUUUGCCAGUGCACAUCUUCCUUCUUAUUGACACACUGCUCCUCUGUGGCUUGAAGAAUGGACAAAAGAAUCAUGUUAAUGUUUUUAGUAUGACAAAUUAUUACAUAUCUGUGUUACAGCAAAAAACAGGGCGCACGAGGAUACUGAUACUUAUAUAUAGGAAGAAAGGCAGGGACAAUCUGGUACACUUGUAGUGAGGACUCAGUGUUUAUAUUGAAAAUAAUUGUGGAGUUAUUGUGUUCGUAUAUUAGACUGCGAAGAUCUCUGUAUUCUCUGAAGCUGGAAUUGCAUCUCCAUCUAGCUGUGAUGUUAAACAUAUGUGCCCAUUUUCUCUGUCAGUGUAUCUAAGUGCAGCAAUUGUGACUGCAGGGUUGACACGUGUGUCUUCUAAUUCAGGCUGCUCAGUUCACACAGUGUAUCUUCUAUGCAGGCUGAAGAAUGCAUAGUACACAGGACAUACUUGAAAAUGAGAGAAAUCUCAAUGUAUCUUUCCUGGUAAAAUAUUUUAUAAAUAAAUAGUAACAGGACUCUCUUAGUGUGUAACAGUACAUGCAGGUAAUAGACUCUCCUAGCAUGUGACAGACAGUACAUGCAGCUCAAGGCUCUCCUGGUAUGUAACAGUACAUGUAGCCCACAAAAUCUCCUAAUAUGCGACAGUACAUGGAUAUUCUUAGUACAGGGGAAGGCAACCUUCAGCACUUCAGAUGUUGUGGAUUACAUCUCUUACAGCCAUAAUGCUGACAAAACAUCAAGGGAAAUUUACUUCUCAACAUCUGGAGUGACCAAAGUUGAUUUCCCUGUUCAUAGCAUGAAGCAGUACAUGCAGCCCCUAGACUCAUGUGGUAUGCAACAGUGCAUGCGGCCACUAGACUUCUUAGCAUGAAACAGUACAUGCAGCUCACAGACUCCCCUAGUAUGUAACAGUGCAUGCAUCCAAUAGACUCCCCUAGCAUGUUACAGUACAUGUAGCCAUUAGUCUUCUUAGCAUGUAACAGUACAUUUAGCCCACAGACCUACCUAGCAUGUGACAGUACGUGCAGCCCACUGACUUACCUAAUAUGUAUCAGUGCAUGCAGCCCAUAGACUCUCCUAGUAUGUAACAGUGCAUGUAGCCCACAUGCUCUCCUAGCAUGUAACAGUACAUGUAGCCCAUAGACUCUCCUAGACUGUCACAGUACAUGCAGCCCACAGACUCUCCUAGCGUGUAACAGUACAUGCAGCCCGCAGACUCCCCUAGUAUGUCACAGUACAUGCAGCGUACAGACUCUCCUAGCAUGUCACAGUACAUUCAGCCCGCAGACUCUCCUAGCGUGUAACAGUACAUGCAGCCCGCAGACUCACCUAGCAUGUCACAGUACAUGCAGCCCACAGACUCUCCUAGCAUGUAACAGUACCUGCAGUCCACAGACUCUACUAGCGUGUAACAGUACAUGCAGCCCACAGACUCUCCUAGUAUGUAACAGUACAUGUAGCCCAUAUACUCUCCUAGCAUGUAACAGUACAUGCAACCCACAGACUCUCCUAGCAUGUCAGUACAUGCAGCCCGCAUACUCUCCUAGCAUGUAACAGUACGUGCAGCCAACAGACUGUCCUAAUAUGUAACAGUACAUGUAGCCCCCAGACUCUCAGUAACUAACAGUACUAAUCUAGUUUGCUCAUUUUUUUUUGUAGAGGCCCUAUUGGAUCAGGCCAUGAUCGGUGUUGCACCAAACCCUCUUGUCGUCUCGUAUCUCAAGUAUGCGAUCAACUCUCAGGUAUAUCUCAUGGAAGCAUAGUUAUAAUAAUACAUUUUAUGCAUGGUUUAUCAAGGCUUGUUAUUGACAAAACUUGUUCUUGUUCAUCUCAAAGUAAACUUUACUUUUUCUUCAGAUGGUGUCUUACUCCUCUGUCUUGACGGCAAUCAGCAAGGUAUGUUUGCACUUUAUUAUUUACCUACGGUUAAUAAUGCCUUGUCCACAAUACAGUGGGAGUUAUUCAUAAACUGCUGCAAUUUAGCUAAAUUUGGCUGUACUCAGGGCAACCUGCAUCAUCUUGGGAGAUGGUGUGCGAGACAAUUUCACAAUAUAUUUGGCUUCUCUGGGCUGUCAGCCAAGUUACAUUUGAUUUCCUUGCAGACUUUUCUCUGAAGCUCAAGUCAUAAGGAAACUGUCAAUGUAUUGACCCUGUCCUUCCCAUCUCUCUGUAUAUACACGCUAGGUUCAUUUUUGCCUUCCUAUGGAGGAGUGCGAGUUCUGAGCAGGUGGAGUACGCGGCCACUUGCAAACCUCGGUAGAGGUCUUUUAAUUACACUUAUAUUUUGUAGCCAUAUACCAGAGUUUACAUUCUGGUGACAUUUUUAAGAAUCGGAAUUUCUAAGAACACCAUGCAUACAGGUUUCACACCUUGUAUGUGGUAAACGUAGGUUCAAAUCCCGGCAGGGUUGACUCAGCCCUUCAUCCUUCCAUGGUAGAUAAAAUGAGUACCAUUAAAUUGGGUAAUUGUAACAACCCCUGGAUGUUGGGCAAAAGUUACAUUCCAAGGACGUACUUGAAAACCAGAGUAAUCUGAAUGUACCUUUCCUGGCUGAAAUUUAAUACUUUGUUAUUAUUAUAUAAUUGAUAGGAUAUUUUGGGAUUCUGCUAGUGUACCUACAAUAGAGGAUAAAACAUAGUGCAAAUAUUGCUUUAUACUAUAAAAUAAUCUGAUGAUUAAUAUGCACUCACAUAUUCCAAAUUGGUAAAGCGUAUUAUGGGUGCCUCCCCACGAUGUAGAUAUUGUAGGUACACUAGCAGAAUCCCCAAAUAUCCUAUCAAUUAUACAGUUUUGUCAUAUGGUUAUCAGCUGGGAAAUAACCUUGGGAAGCAGUGUACCCAUAAGUUAAGUUUUUGUGUUGGAUAUAUUUUUUUACACAGAUCACUUUGUUCACGGCUGGUUGUGUGUAUUUGUGGUUUUUGUUAUUAUGAUGUCAGAUCUUCAGACAUAUUGCAUAGCUAGGCUUACCAUAUACAUUAUUUUUAAACUUUUUGUCCUCGAUAUUUUGGUAAUUUUAAAUUAGUAAAUUACAAAUCAAAUUGUGUACAUUUGUAUCAUUUCAAUAUUUAAGUCAUCCUUUAAAGGCAAUUUGUGCACCAAGCUGUUUUUUCCCACCCGCUAUGUUGAUGUGUUAGCGAUGUUACCAUUGCUAACAGUAAUUAUACUGUUUUUGUAAAAAGCAAAGAAGAAUUGGUAACAGAGAGGGUUAAUUUGCCAGAAAUUUCUCAGGAUCCUUUGAGUCUUUAAUAUAUUUUCAAGAUGGCACAAAUUUUGUGAAAAUAUCCAUCCAGUCCAUUCUCUGGUCAAGUUGAUUCUCUGUAAAUAACGCUAUGAAUUUAAACGCUUGUGAGGGUUGGUCUAUAUUUAAAGAAUUCCUACAUUUAGCAUCAAGUUGUUAUUUUAGUCUGUAUACCCAAGACCUGUGGUUUCCAUCUGCAGUGCAUUUUUUAUUUUACUUUUUUCAGUUCUUCAAGUUAACGUACGACCACAAAUGACAAUGUUUGUGUGUGUCCUAUAGACCUCUGGAAAUACGCCAAUUGCAGGGUGUGUAAUACUGGUAACUUGCACUCUUUGUAGUUCAUUUUUUCACAGUAUUUCUGGCCUGUUGGGUGGUAAUUUGUAUUCCUUGACAGCUUCAAAAAAGUGGCAAACAAAAUCCAGUGCAUCUCCCACUAUUUAAUUUAAGUAGUAUUGAAAUUAAUUUGAAUGCACAACGCACAACAAAGAUAAUUUAUAAGCAAAACAAAUGAACAAUGUAAUAGUAAGAAGUUGUCUUGGUAGCAUUUAGAAAAAUCAAGGAUUAAUGCAGCAAUCUGUCCAUUUCAAUGGUCUCUUGCGUUUUCCAGAGUCCCGUGAGUAGUACAUAGUACUGGCACAGAAGUGCUAUCCUUUUAUCAUUGGCUUUGGAAGGUAUUUGGAACUAAUGAAGUGUGUUUUGAAAGCACUUAAGAAAUUCUGUUAGCACUCUAAAGCAUUUUUUUUUUGGGCCAAGAAGGCCAUUCAUUCUUCUGCUAGGGAUUUUUAAAUACUAUAAGAUUUGAAAUGGAUCACUCUUCUUAUUUUGGCAUAGCUGGGUAUUUACAAGUAUUUACAUUUAUUUGUAAAACCUUUGGUGUUGGCUGCAGGUUGAUCCAUUUAUUUGGCUGGUUAUUAGUAAGCUCUGAUUCAGCCCAAUCGUUGUUUUUGUAACAAAAUAUAUCUGGACCAUCAUAAUUAUAAUUCCAAAGUCAUUUUGAUACUAAUCAUAAAAUCAAGAAACAAUAGCCAUCUUGUUUCUUUGCCGCCAUUAAAGGUUGAUAAUAUAUGCCAGAGCAUGAGCAUUGCAAAAGAAAGCCCGGGAAUCUGCCAGCAAUAAGACCUCAUCUUCAUGCCACUGACGGCACAGAAAUAAUAAAUGGGUAGAACACACGUUUCAGUUUGUUGGCACCAAGUCCUCCAUUUGUGCUAGUGAGCCAUUUUUGUUUUCUCAGAAAAUAAAUCAAAAUAUCAGGGCAUCUUUUCUCUUAAGUGAUUAUAAUCUUGGCAGUAUGAAUGAAGCCGGCAUUUGGAACAUAGUAUGGAAGAGUUCUUGAUUAGUGAAAGUGCACAGGAUUGCUAGUCAAGGCGCAUAAAGAUUGUUCCUGGCACACUGUGGUAAUAUGGACUAAUUAUAAACCUGCGUUACAUCUACAAAAACUGGUCAAGGGAACAAGAGUGCUAAACAUUGCCAGUCCAUCUGUAUAAGCAAAAUACCAAUGGAAAAAUUACAUUAGAAGGAAAAUUGAGCAUCUCACGAAAAAAAUAAAUAAAAAAAUAUCAAGUUAUAGAUGAUUUGCAACGUUUUAAUCAGUUGUGUACAUUUCAGAGAAGUAACAAUUCCCCUUUAAAUGGCUUGACAAUACAGUGGACUGCAGUGGUUAUGGUGCUAGGAGUCUUACUUUAAGGGUUUGAGAGAAGUUUUAUAAUGUGUAACAGUUUGGAAAGUUAUAGAGACACUCUCAUGUGGUUGUUAGAGUGCUGUGAGUCUCUGGGUGUCAUCCCCAAGUUUUAUGUCAAAACCUUUAUUUUUUUUUAUUUAUUUUUUUUUAAAGAGGUUUGCAAAAAACUGGUCUCUCUGGGUUCCUAUAGCCAGCCCCAUCUUCAGCCGUUCUGGUAAUAUGGAAACUACACUUUCAUUUUAUUAAGUGUGAUUCCGUCCAACCACGACAAUUCUGACAAUUUGUGCCUAAAUAGACAUGCACUUUUCAUAUGCACGCCAGACUGGGUGGUCCAGCAACAAAACAUUUGGGCACAUCUAAUUGCUGAUAAAUUCAGAAACACCAGCACCAUGUUAUGUCUCUGAUGAGUCCUGAUAUAGACAUAUAUGAGUGUGUGUGUGUGUAUGCAAACACUUUCAGUUAUUGAUGUGUCCCUGUGGGAACAUUUGCUUUAUUUGCAUGUGGAAAUUACUUCUAUCUAAUGCCAUGAAAAGGACAGAAUAAUGAAUGUUGUCCUUGUGUGGAGAUUGCACCACAGGAAAAGCUGUUUAUCUGUUUGUACUCGAGGUCUGAUCUCAAUUUUGAACAAUAUUUAUGUUUUUGUAUUAAGGCUUAGCGAUCCCCAUGAUUGCAACGAGAAAAUAUACCGUGAGCUGAAAAGGAAGCGUUUAGAAACUAAGUUUAAAAAAAUAAAAAAUGCUGAUCAAAAAAGAAAAAGUCAAAUAUUUUCCAUUUUACAUAGAAUCUUUGGCUCAGAGGCAACUUGAGGACUCGAUGGGUGGGGGCGGCUGGAUGUGCGACAGGCUUGCGUGUGUUUACACUUCAGUAUGCAUGUAUGUGUAUAUAAUAUAACACUCUGGCCACAUUGCCUCCUGAACGGAAAAAAAAAUCCCAGCUUUCUUCUCUGGAAACUCAAAUAUUUACAUAAGAGAAGAAAUAUGGUCAGUAGAGAGGAAGAGGGGGAUGUAUGUAGCAGUAAAGGACAUUAACUCUUAUGCAGGCCCUGCUUAAAAAUGUGAAGACUGAGUAAUUAGAAAGGGAUUAUAUGGAGUAACAGGAGGAGUUAUAGGGAGAGGUUAUAUGAAGUAAUAGGAGGAGUUAUAGAGAGAGGUUAUAUGGAGUGAUAGGAGGAGUUAUAGAGAGAGGUUAUAUGAAGUAAUAGGAGGAGUUAUAGGGAGAGGUUAUAUGGAGUAAUAGGAGGAGUUAUAGGAGAGGUUAUAUGGAGUAAUAGGAGGGUUAUAGGGAGAGGUUAUAUGGAGUAAUAGGAGGAGUUAUAGAGAGAGGUAUAUGGAGUAAUAGGAGGAGUUAUAGGGAGAGGUUAUAUGGAGUAAUAGGAGGAGUUAUAGGGAGAGGUUAUAUGGAGUAAUAGGAGGAGUUAUAGAGAGAGGUUAUAUGGAGUAAUAGGAGGAGUUAUAGGGAGAGGUUAUAUGGAGUAAUAGGAGGAGUUAUAGGGAGAGGUUAUAUGGAGUAAUAGGAGGAGUUAUAGAGAGAGGUUAUAUGGAGUAAUAGGAGGAGUUAUAGAGAGAGGUUAUAUGGAGUAAUAGGAGGGGUUAUAGAGAGAGGCCAUACGGAGUAAUAGGAGGAGUUUUAGGGAGAGGUUAUAUGGAGUAAAAGGAGGAGUUAUAGGGAGAGGGUUAUAUGGAGUAACAGGAGGAGUUAUAGGGAGAGGUUAUAUGGAGUAACAGGAGGAGUUAUAGGGAGAGGGUUAUAUGGAGUAAUAGGAGGAGUUAUAGGGAGAGGGUUAUAUGGAGUUAUAGAGAGAGGUUAUAUGGAGUAAUAGGAGGAGUUAUAGGGAGAGGGUUAUAUGGAGUAACAGGAGGAGUUAUAGGGAGAGGUUAUAUGGAGUAACAGGAGCAGUUAUAGGGAGAGGUUAUAUGGAGUAAUAGGAGGUGUUAUAGAGAGAGGUUAUAUGGAGUAAUAGAAGGGGUUAUAGAGAGAGGCCAUACGGAGUAAUAGGAGGAGUUUUAGGGAGAGGUUAUAUGGAGUAAAAGGAGGAGUUAUAGGGAGAGGGUUAUAUGGAGUAACAGGAGGAGUUAUAGGGAGAGGUUAUAUGGAGUAACAGGAGGAGUUAUAGGGAGAGGGUUAUAUGGAGUAAUAGGAGGAGUUAUAGGGAGAGGGUUAUAUGGAGUAAUAGGAUGAGUUAUAGGGAGAGGUUAUAUGGAGUAAUAGGAGAGGUUAUAUGGAGUACCUUAGAGGAGUUAUAGGGAGAGGUUAUAUGGAGUAAUAGUUAUAGGGAAAGGUUAUAUGGAGAAACAGGAGGAGUUAUAGGGAGAGGUGAUAUGGAGUAAUAGGAGGAGUUAUAGAGAGAGGUUAUAUGGAGUAAUAGGAGGAGUUAUAGGGAGAGGUUAUAUGGAGUAAUAGGAGGAGUUAUAGGGGGAGGUUAUAUGGAGUAAUAGGAGGAGGUAUAGAGCGAGGUUAUAUGGAGUAAUAGGAGGAGUUAUAGGGAGAGGCUAUAUGGAGUAAUAGGAGGAGUUAUAGAGAGAGGUUAUAUGGAGUAAUAGGAGGAGUUAUAGGGAGAGGUUAUAUGGAGUAACUUAGAGGAGUUAUAGGGAGAGGUUAUAUGGAGUAACUUAGAGGAGUUCUAGGGAGAGGUUAUAUGGAGUAAUAGGAGGAGUUAUAGGGAGAGGUUAUAUGGAGUAACAGGAGGAGUUAUAGAGAGAGGUUAUAUGGAGUAAUGGGAGGAGUUAUAGAGAGAGGUUAUAUGGAGUAAUAUGAGGAGUUAUAGGGAAAGGUUAUAUGGAGUAAGAGGAGUUAUAGGUUGAGGUUAUAUGGAGUAAUAGGAGUUAUAGGGAAAGGUUAUAUGGAGUAACUUAGAGGAGUUAUAAGGAGAGUUUAUAUGGAGUAAUAGGAGGAGUUCUAGGGAGAGGUUAUAUUGAGUAAUAGGAGGAGUUAUAGGGAGAGGUUAUAUGGAGUAAUAGGAGGAGUUAUAAGGAGAGGUUAUAUGGAGUAAUAGGAGGAGUUAUAGAGAGAGGUUAUAUGGAGUAAUAGGAGGAGUUAUAGGGAGAGGUUAUAUGGAGUAAUACGAAGAGUUAUAGGGAGAGGUUAAAUGGAGUAAUAGGAGGAGUUAUAGGGAGAGGUUAUAUGUUGAUUUAGAAAGGGAUACCUUUUGGCUUGUGCAUGGAUUUAGCACCCAUGUUAUCUUCCACAGCAAGCAGUGUUAAUAAUAUUUCAGCACAGAGUAAAAAGCCCUGUGCUCAAACUCCCGUUGCUGUUAUGUGGCAGCAGUGACCAUUGUAUUCAUAAGUAAACAAAUGGAAAACAGUGAAAUAACUGACUUUAGUACCACUGCAGUGGCUUUUCCCCCCUUUUGUUUACUAUUUUAAACCUGUUUCAAAAAUCCUUUAUUCUCAGUAAUAUAAAGGCCCUGUAUUUACCAUGAGCAGAAUAGAAUGUCAAAGUCAAGUUGGUAAACUUCUGACUAAACUUGCCUUAAAGUAGUACUGUCAUGGCCGCCUCCAUUUUUUGUUUCCCCCCUCUUCCGACUCCACUACAUCUAAUGGUUCAGGAAUUGACGGGAAUUUCGUCUAUUUAUUUAUUUGUCAGAAAGACGAAUGAAUAGAAAUGUCAGACGAACAAACGAAUAUCGGAGCUCGUUUGUUUGUUUGUUCAGUUUAUUACAAGGUCGGGAGCUACCGGCGCGCAGCUCCCUCCUUGUAAUAUGUAAAGAUAGAAGCUGCAGGGAGCUGUGCUCCCCACCACUUCCUAAGCCCCCCAUGUCCUCCCUCACUCUAGGGUGGUCAAUAUGACCCCCAUAUUAGCAUAAGGGAGAAUGAAAUCAGUAGACUGUCGCUGUUAAAUGUUUUUUUUUUUUUUUUAAAGCCACCCGGCCCCCACCCAUGAGCGGCAGGUGGGGGCCCUAAAUUGCAAUGGGGGGGGACCUAUUGUCCUCCACCCAUGAGCGUUGAGUGGGGGCCCUAAAUGACAAUGGGGGGACCUAUUGUCCGCCCCCAGCCAUGAGCAGCAGAUGGGGGCCCUAAAUUAUAAUUAGGGGGGGGGGGACCUAUUACCCCCUCCCCAGCUAAGUGUAAAAAUAUAAAAAUACCCCCCUCCCCCCUUUCAGGUGGCUAGGGGUCCCCAAGACCCUAGUAACCCCCCACCCAAAUAAAAUGAAAUAAAGUCCUACCUACACCCUCACUCUUAAAAUAGUGAGGGGGAGACAAUAAAACUAUAUACCUGUAAAUAAAAAAAAUACUUACCAUUUGAUGUCUUCUUUUUUCUAAAACCUUAUUUUUUCAGCCCCAAAAAAGCUCAAAAAAAGGCCAAAUAAAAAAAAAACCAUAAUACCAGCGAACUUAUAAAAUAAAACAAAAACCCGAACGCCAAAAAAUAAACCUGCUGAAAAAAACAAACACACCCGACGCCAAAAAAAACCAUUCCAUCUUCAUCCAGCGAGGUCAUGGCGUUGACUGAGCUCGGCAGGGUGUGGAACAGCUUAUAAAGCCUUCCCACGCCGUGCAAUUUGGUUCUGUGCGCUCUGAUUGGUUGGUUUAAGCCAGCCAAUGAGAGUGCUUUGACAGGUAAAUGAAGAGAUUGACAGUUAAGUCUCUUCAUUUACCUGUCACAGCACUCUGAUUGGUUGGCUUGGAAUCCAAAGAACUUUCCCAUGCUGUGUAAAAUGACUAGCACUCUGGUUGGAUUCCAAGCCAACCAAUCAGAAUGCUCUGAGUCAUUUUUCACAGUGUGGGAAAGGUAUAAAUUGAUUUGCAUGUCAAUGAGUGAAAUAAGUAUUUUAUCAGCUAUCAAUCAGCAAGAUUUCUGGCUCCCAGUUAUCUUUUAUAUAGGUAACAAGAUGAGAUUAAGAGCACUCUCUUAAAGACUCGUAACCUGUAUAAAAGACACCUGUUCACAAAAGCAAUCAAUCAGAUUCCAAACUCUCCACCAUGGCCAAGACCAAAGAGCUGUCCGAGGAUGUCAGGGACAAGAUUGUAGACCUACACAAGGCUGAAAUGGGCUACAAGACCAUCGCCAAGCAGCUUGAUGAAAAGGUGACAACAGUUGGUGCGAUUAUUCGCAAAUGGAAGAAACACAAAAUAACUGUCAGUCUCCCUCGUUCUGGUGCUCCAUGCAAGAUCUCACCAUGCAAGAACUGGGUGAAAGUGUUGUGGUCAUAUGAGACCAAAAUGUAUCUCUUUGGCAACAACUCAACUCGCUGUGUUUGGAGGUGGAGGAAUGCUGCCUAUAACACCCCAGGAACACCAUCCCCACCAUCAAACAUGGAGGUGGAAACAUUAUGUUUUGGGGGUGUUUUUCUGCUAAUGGGACAAGACAAAUGCACCGCAUCAAAGGGACAAUGGAUGGGCCAUGUACCGUCAAAUCUUGGCCGGGAAUUUAAAAUGGGUAGUGGAUGGGUAUUCCAGUAUGACAACAACCAAAAACACACAGCCAAGGCAACAAAGGAGUGGCUCAAGAAGAAGCACAUUAAGGUCCUGGAGUGGCCUAGCCAGUCUCCAGACCUUAAUCCCAUAGAAAAUCUGUGGAGGAAGCUGAAGGUUCGAGUAGCCAAACAUUAGCCUCGAAAUCUUAAAAUGACUUGGAGAGGAUCUGCAAAGAGGAGUGGGACAAAAUCCCUCCUAAGAUGUAUGCAAUCCUGGCGGCAAACUACAAGAAACGUCUAACCUGUAUGAUUGCCAACAAGAUUUUUGCCACCAAGUACUAAGUCGAAGGGGUCAAAUACUUAUUUCACUCAUUGACAUGCAAAUCAAUUUAUAACUUUUUUGACAUGCGUUUUUCUGGAUUUAUUUUUUCUCUCACUGUUAAAAUACACCUACCAUUAAAAUUAUAGACUGAUCAUUUCUUUGUCACUGGGCAAACUUUCCAAAUCAGCAGGGGAUCAAAUACUUUUCCCCCUCACUGUAAAUGGUAACUCCAGCACAUAGGCAAGCAAUUGAUUUGGUACGUUGGCAACAUCCGGCACUGGAUUAUAUGGAAGGGGGUUAACAAAACAACUUGAGUAAGUGAUUAAAGCUUUAGUGCAUUGAUCAGGGAUAGGCAACCUUCAGCACUCCAGAUGUUGUGGACUACAUCCCCCAUAAUGCUCUUACACCCAUAAUGCUGUCAAAGCAUUAUGGGAGGUGUAGUCCAAAACAUCUGCAGUGCCGAAGGUUGCCUAUGCCUGGCAUAGAUCAUGCCCUUGCAGUCUCACUACUCAAUUCUCUUCCAUAGAGGAGUUGCAUCACUUUGUUUAUGCAGCCUUAGCCAUACCUCUGCAAGCUGUGACUCACACAGCCAACAGGAACAAUCAUUUUCAAUCAGAUCUUACAGCACAGUGUCUUUACUUUUAGAAGUUCUUAUCUACCGCUCUGCUAAUUGAACUUUAGUCACACACCUUGAGGCUCUUGCAGGCUAUUAACAGAGCAAGUGAAAAUAAAUUCUGAAUGAAACACACUGUGUAAUAAAGGAACUUUAGAUCUUUCUUUACAGUAAGUGUGCAGAGAGGAGGGAAGUGUGACUAGGGCUGCAUAAACAAAGUCUUUGAAUUUCUAAAUGGCAGAGAAUUAAGUAGUGAGACUGCAGGUGACAUGAUAUAUGUCCAAAACAAUUAAACUUGAGUUGUUUUGGUACUUUGCAGUGUUUUUUUGUGUAUUUUGAACACAAUGGCCAAUAUUUUAAGUUAAUGCUUAUUCCUGUUGCAUUGUGCAUGUAACUAUUUCUGUCUCUUUUUUAAGUUUGAUGAUUUCUCAAGGGAUCUCUGCAUCCAGUCUGUGCUGGAAAUUAUGGACAUGUUCUGUGACAACCUCAGGUAAGGUGUCUUUGCUCGGUGCUUUCUCUGUUCUACUCUAGAAUGCUUUCCCCACAUUUAUUAACAUUGUCUCUCUACCUUUACAGUUGUCAUGGUAAGGCUGAGGAGUGCAUUAGCCUUUGUCGGUCCCUUAUGUGUGUCCUAAACUGGCUCCUACGUUGUGCUACAUUUUACACAGACAAACUAGUGGAGACACUAGAUCCAGUGGAAGGUGAAGGCAACUUGUCCAUGUGCCUGAAACGGCUGGAGUCCAUCCUCAGUAGUACCAAAAACCGUGCUCUCAUCCAUAUUGCCAAAUUGGAAGAAGCAAGUGAGUUUAGGGAAGGGAUCAGAAGAAAGGUUGAUGGAUGCCAACUAAUGACUGUUUCUUUAAAUAUGCAGUAUAUAUUUUAAAAUACAGAUAUACAUAAUGAUAUGGCUAAUCUAUAUAGUAUAUAUCUUCAUUUGUUUGUUCAUCUGAACUCCUUGAGAUUUAUUCACUGAAUCCAAAACUUAAAUUGAGUGGAGUCGCCAGAUAAUUAAAGGGACACUAUAGUCACCAGAACAACUACAGCUUACCCUAUUUGUUCUGGUGAGUAGAAUCAUUCCCUUCAGGCUUUUUGCAGUAAACACUAUAUUUUCUGAGAAAAUGCAAUAUUUACAUUACAGCCUAGGGAUAACUCCACUGGCCACUCCUCAGUUGGCUGCUAGAAGUGCAUCCUGGGGCAGUGCUGCACACUGACAUUCAGUGUCUCCACCUUCUGCAUGGAGACACUCAACCUUCCUCAUAGAGAUGCAUUGAAUCAAUGCAUAUCAAUGAUGAGAUGCUGAUUGGCCAGGGCUGUGUUUGGCUUGUGCUGACUCUGCUCCUGAUCUGCCUCAUUGACAAGCUGAGACAAUCCACUGCUUUUCUAUGGGAAAGCAUUGUGAUUGGCUCAGAUCAACACUUCUGAUGAUGUCAACCAAGCAGGCAGAUCGGGGCCAAAAGCUACAAGCAGCAGACUGAAAUAAAUGUAAGAUUUUGCUGUAUUUACUGGGGCAAGGUGGGGGGAGGGGGCAGGAGGGCUAGAUGGUGGUUUUAACACUAUAGGAUCAGGAAUACAUGUUUGAUCCUUUAAUCUUGGAGGAAACAUCAGUGAGACAAACAAAACAAAAAUUAAAUAAAUACAAAAACUUACCUCUAUUCCAAUGUGAAGUCCAGGAGGGAGGACAGGGCUCAACUGAUGGGUUGGGUGAUGCUAUUUUCUGUCUGGUUGUUUCAGACACCAAUUUUGCACUUAAUUGACAUUAUCCAUCAUGGAACUUUGUUCUGGGCUGACUAAUGUCGCUGUCAGGGGUAAAUUUACACCUACUGCAGCUAACGGGUUAAUGUCUGUAUGUGCAGAGUUUCACAGUGAAAUGCUGCACAUACAGACUUCAGGCACCAUGACCGGUUUAAAUAAAUGAAGUGAUCAUGGUACUUGAAGUAAACCUCUAACCUGUGUUUUAGUGUCUUUAUUCAAGUGUUAAAGUACCAAGAAUUUUUGAGCACCAUUUGUGAUGGAUGUUAGUACCUGGACAUGGUUAUUAUUAUAUUCCCCUUCUUUCUACAUACAGGAUCCAGCACACUCACUCACCCACUAAACAGCAACUUAACAGAUCACCAAAUUAAUUAUUUAUUUUAAACACCUGACUUAAGCAAAAACAAUGGGGUUUUAGUUCAAUAUAUGACCAUUUAUUGCAUAGCCUGCCACAGCUACCAAACCUAAUGCCUGCUCUUAUGAGAUUAAGCUACUUUCUUGGGAAAUCCUUCCUCCUGGGACUCUCGGCAGGUCAAGGUUAAAUAGGGCCCCAAAAUGAGGCACCUGUGACGUCCCUUCUUUCCAGACAGUAGCUGUUAUUAAAUAAAAAAAUACUUUUUUUCCCCCUUGUAUAACGUGCUUUUAAAAUAGUUCAAUUCACUAAUAUGUAAAAACAUAUAGAAGGCUAUUGGGAUAUUAGUUGCUAAUGUACAGAAGUGAAUUGAAGAUGACUGAAUUGAAGAUCAUGUUUAUAGGCUUCUGACCAAUAAAACCUCUUUUUUUGUUAUUGCUUGAGAAUAUUAUAAUUCAGUAGAUAAAGCCCAUUUUUAUUCUAAGCGUUUCAAGCUCUUUGAAUUUGCCUUUCUCGUACAAUAAGAGUAAUGAAAAUAUGUAUAUCUGGUUGUUGUGAUUUCUCAUUGUGGCUAACGAUCAUGAGAGUUGUGUUUUGAGUGCGUUGGAGAGCACCGCGAUGUGCUACUCCUGCUGUAUUACAGCUAUUUAUCCCAUUUUCCUUAAACCAGCAAAACUUUUUGCUGCCCACCCAACUGCAUGACGCUAUGUUCCAGGGCUUGUGUCUUUUAACAGUACUGGUAUGUUUCAUACCUUUUAUUGAUGUUUCUGUUAUCUCGCUCCUCUUCUCAUUUGGAUUUUAAAUAACUGUUGGAUGCCACUGAAUACAGCAGAGUUCUAGUGCCAAGUCCUUGAGGGCAUUAAAAAGGCUCAGAAAGACAGAAAAAUUGCCCAAAGUCUCCUUAACACCAUUUGAGUGCCUGGUCCAAUUUGUCUGCUAUUGAAUGAUGGUUGUGCUCCGAACUGUUAGCACUGGGUGGUUGCUGAAUUAAUAUGUGGUGUUUAUUGACUCUUAUUUUCAUGUCCUGUUUUGCAGCCUCCUGGGUGUCAGUAGAACAGUCUCUGCACAGGCUCACUGACAGUAUUAGUCGCCUUCCUAUUGUACAACUGAGGAAGCAGGCGGAGACUUGUGUGUCUCUUAUCAGGAGGUAGGAGGAGUGUAAAGAGCAGAAUGUUUUUUGAUAAUUGUGUAGAGAUAAUGAUAAGAUUAGAGUCACAACUUCAUAAAACUUCACAGAGCAGCUGUGUGUGUGUGUUUUAUUCUACGACACUGUUAGCUGCUAUGCUUCCCGUGAAUGAUGUGUGCCGUGUAUUUUUGUCUUCUUGUACUGUACUGUUUUCACAUUGUUGUGUAAUUGUGUCAAGGCCUUUACAUCGCAUUAAUUGUGUUUGUGGGUGAGUGUGGUGUGGCACUGUCCUGCAAAUUGUUUUUAAUUUAAUGCUUUUGUGGUGUCUCUUCAUACUAAUACUCCAUUUGGACAUAAACUAGGACAUUUUCAGGAAUCACAGGUGAUAAAACAACUGAAAACAAUUUUAGGGUGUCUGUAGCAGCAAGGUAAAAUAUCCUCUAAUUCGUGGGUUUGUUUAACAGCAGACAGCUAGGAGGGGGCAUUAUGCUCCCUUAUUCCGAUAAUAUAAUUAGCAAGGCACAUUUUCAACUAUUGUAGUGAAGGUUGAAAGGAAACUAUAUGUCACUUUCCUUUCCUCCAUACAGUAUCCCGUCAAUGCUUUCGGCCCACUCGGAUCAGUUGCACAGGACGGGAUUCCCCACAGUCCAUGCUGUUGUAAUGCUGGAAGGGACUAUGAAUCUAACGAUGGACUCACAACCACUGGUGGAGCAGCUGAGCACAGUGAAGAGGAUGCAGGUGAAAAAAAACCUUUCUAAGAGCCAAACUAAUUCCUGCACUAAUCAGAUUACAAAUAUGUUUGUUUUUUUUUUUUGCUUGUUUGUUUUUUUUUUUUAAUCGUUCGUUUGCUACUUCCACAGAGGAUCCCCUCUCACCUCUUUCUCUUGGAGAUCUGGAAAGCCUGUGUCGUGGGUCUCAUAGAGUCUCCGGAAGGGACAGAUGAGUUGAAAUGGACUGCAUUCACCUUUCUGAAGGUACGGCCUAAAAUGUGAAACACAUUAUCUAAAUGGUUACGAUAUGUGUCCUGAAUUGGCAGAACUCCGCCGUAGCAAAUAUUAGCAGCUUAAUAUGAAAAGCACUCACAGUCAAUCUGCCUGCCACCCAUCGCACAGAGAUGUAAACAAAUCACCUUGCACUAAAAUAUAAAUAAAUACAAGCAAUCAUGAAAAAAACUAGAAACAUCAAGAAACAUAGAAUAGAAGAUUAGUCUGACUCCACUGCAAUUUAUUCAAACUGAAAGUAAUCCGUGAUGGCAAUGUAGUGCCCACUAAUUGUACUAUACUGGUCUAUACCACCUCUGCUGGAAGAAUAUUCCAUGUAACUAUAAAAUUUUUAUUCAAACUGUAUUUUCUGACUUUGCUGCUAUUUUUCCAUAUUUUUAAAACUGUAGGUUCUGCCCUCUUGUUAGAGAUAUGUUUUUCUAUGAAAAACUGUUUAUUGCUUUGCAUUCACAGAUUCCGCAGGUUUUGGUGAAGUUGAAGAAAUUCUGGCAGGUGGAUCAGGUGCGUUGCUCCCUGGUACUUUUUUUUUUCUUUUUUUUUAAAUCCCGCUUCAUGUCUUGUAAUGUAAUAGUAUAGUAAACCUAAUAUUUCUUGCAGGAUUUCAAUGAAGACAUGAAUUGUGCAUUUGAAUAUCUUCUUAAACUUACCCCACUCUUGGAUAAAGCUGACCAGAGAUGCAAGUAGGUCCAUCUGAAAAUGUCUAACAAAUAUAAACUGUGCCAAUAAUCCCCCGUAUUGCCUUUCUCUACACUUUGUUUACUAAAUAUCUAAAUAUCUUAACAUCUUCUCCUCUCUCUGACAGCUGCGACUGCAUCAGUCUGUUACUACAAGAAUGCAAUAAGUUGGGUUUGUUGUCCGAUCCGAACCUGGAUAACCUUGCAUCAAAAAGGUACACGGGUUCUGCCUCUCACUCUGCCAAGAGCAAGUUAUUUUUUCAGUCAUAUGAAAGCAAAUGUUGAACUGUUUUUCAUCCCUUUAGGGCUGCAGACAGGGAGCAGGCUCCACGUUUGAAGUCAUCUGAAAACUCUACGAUUCAACCCAAUCCUGGUCUGAUUCUCCGUGCAGAACCCACUGUGACCAACAUCUUAAAGGUUAGACCCCUGGUGGGCUUCGGUUUAACAUUGACAAGUGAUAGCACAAUUAACAAACUACUAACAACUAUUUGUGUGUAUCCUGAAGUUAAUUAACAACAGCUGGUUCAUGGCAACCACUAACACUGGGUCUCAUUAUGUAAUACUUAUAUAUUUUCCUUGCUAUAUAUGGAAAACCAUUUUUUUUGUUUGUGAUGUUUUUUUAUUCCCUAGACUAUGGAUGCCGACCACUCCAAAUCUCCAGAAGGACUUUUAGGAGUAUUAGGUCACAUGCUGACUGGGAAAAGUCUGGACCUCUUGCUAGCUGCUGCGGCUGCCACCGGAAAAUUAAAAUCCUUUGCUCGUAAAUUCAUUCAGUGAGUACAUUGUGUGUAACACGCACCUUGAAAUUUGUGACCGUGUCAAUCUUUAAAAUGUGGAAGCAGAAGUUAUUCAUCAUUAAUCAUCAUUAACAUAUGCGGAAUUAAUCAGCCCUAUAUGUGAGAGGUGGAAAUGAGGUAGAGGGCUCUCGAAGGUCUUCAGCUGGGAGAAAUAUUUGAGGAGGCUUGUUCUUGGUAAAGAAUAAUAUAGAAAUAGAAAUUAAAUGAACACUGAUAGCAUUAGAAAUCUAAACAUUUAUUCAUAACGCUAGAGUGUUAUAGUAACAUUAUAGAUUGACGGGCCCCACUAAAUGAAAUAAAGAGUUUUAGUUGGCUUAUUUUAUUGCCUCCACUUGCUGAGAUCAUCAGUACUGAUCUAAGCUAAUGCUUCCCCUUGGGCUAGUUUGCAUGUUUGGGAAAUGGGUACCCUGCACCAAUCAGCAUCUCCUCAUAGUAAUGCAUUGAUUCAGUGCAUCUCUAUGGGUAGCAUUCAACGUCUCGCAGAGCGCAGAGAUACUGAAUGUCCGCCCUGCUAUCUCUGCUGAUCCGAGUCCCUCUAGUGGCUGUCAGAAAGGUCUUGUGGAUGGAUCUUCUCAGGUUUUUUCACAAAUACAGAAAAACCAAAAGGUUUUUCACUCAAUGCAAAUGUAAUAUCCCCUUGAAAGUUUGGUGUUGAGUAGAAUAUUAUAGAAUGCCAUUUAAAUAGUAAGAUUCAGAUAAACCCGAUCCUGCAGUUUGUGAAUAUGUAGUUAAUGGAACUUGGUGGCAUGUGCUUACUAUUAGAGCUUCUCUGCUGGAAAUUAUUUCAGAAACUCUGCUGUACAAUAAAAGAUGGUGACUUCUCUGCACUUAGUCCAUUUCUCUGUGUUUCUUUUUCUGUAGAUUGAAUGAAUUCACGCGCCAUAUUGGAGCAGAGAGCAGUAAGUGUGUUAAUAACUCUUUCAAUACCUGCUUUAAUUAAAUGUGUUUGCAGAGCCAUCAACAUCUUACCUCGCAAUGGCUUGCACUGUCCUAGACCUGUCACUACUCCCUUGCGUUCUCAAGCUGUUUAUUUAUUUAUUAGUAGCAUUACAAACAGAUCGCUGAAACUACUCUUCUCCCCUCUCUUUAUAGCAAAGACUGCAUCAGUUCGGGCUCUGCUGUUUGAUAUUUCUUUCCUGAUGUUGUGCCAUGUAGCACAGACCUAUGGUUCAGAGGUAUGUCAGCAAAGGGCAUUGAAAUCUACAACCCUCUUUAUUUCUCCCUUUGUUUUUGUAUGCCUCAAAAUACAUCAACCCCCAUCGUGAGAUAGCUCAGCGGCGGGCUUAUGCAUCAUCACUAGAAUCUGUUCAACCCUUGGGGGUUGCAGGUUCAAAUCCCAGCAGGUUGACUUAGCCCUUCAUACUCCCCAGCAGGGACGUAUUAGCCGCAAGGCAAACAAGGAAUUUGCCUUGGGCGGCAUUUUUCAGUGGGCGGCAAAAAACGCCGCCCCCCCAAAUGCCCAGGGCAAAUGCCUAGUUACCCUCGCGGCUAACAGACAUGCUGGGCUGGCGGCUGGCGAGGGAGCACUUCCUCUGAGCGGUCUGCUCAGCUCCCUCGCGCGCCGCAGAGUAAGGUUGGGAGCCGGGUUGAUGAUGUCAUACUCCGGCUCCCAGCCUCACUCUGCGGCGCGCGAGGGAGCUGAGCAUAGUGCUCAGAGGAAGUGCUCCCUCGCCAGCCGCCAGCCCAUCAGCCCGACCGGCAGCCACUGGACCACCAGGGAGAAAGAGGAACCCACCCUCACCCCCAGCAUUCCCAAAGGUAAGGGGGGGUUAAAAAAAAAAAAAAAAAAGGUGUUAAUGUGAGUGAUUGUGUGUGUGUGUGUCUGACUGUGUGUGUGUGUUUGUGUCUGACUGUGUGUGUGUGUGUGUGUGUGUCUGACUGUUUGUGUGUGUGUAUUUAGAAGGUGGGGUGGGGGGGAAGGGUUGGGUGGGGGUGGGGGUGGCGCGGGGGGAGGGGGUGCCUGAGUUUUGUCCUGCCUAGGGCAGCACAAAACCAGGAUACACCACUGCUCCCUAGGUAGAUAAAACGAGUACCAUUACAUUGAGUAAUACUAACAUCCCCUGGAUGUUGGGCAAAGGUACUUGGAAACCAGAGCAAUCUGAUUCCUGGCUAAAUACUGCGUUAUUAUUAUCGUAACAAAUUCCAUAACCACUAGCACAAGCAUAUCAGCAAAAGGAUAGCAAAAAUAGAAAUUCCCCCACAUACAUGCUGUGCAUUAUAUCUUUUAUAAAUCUCAGUCAGGCUCUGCCUGGUUCAAAGUUAUGUCGGCAGUUCAUGAUAUACAUUAUAUGUAUAUUAUAAACUGCCAGUACUAUUUGGGCUUCUGCAUUUUAAAAUACUUUUUGAUUAUAUGUAAUGUGUACUGUAUAUUUCUGGCCACCAGAUGGAGUAAUAAGUCAAAGAUAAUUUCCAAUCUCUAGCUUAAAAUGCAGCUCCUUGCAGACUUGACCUAAAUUACUUAAAAAAACAAAAAAAACAGCCUUGGAGAUCCCACUGUCAAUUUUUGUCAUGAUGUUUAGACGUCGGAUGUUGAUAUUUUAUUUGUUUGUUUAGUUCCUUUUCUUUCCUCCCCUGUCUCUUAAAUGCUAUCUUUGAAAUUGUGUAGUUUGUUUUUAUUUAUUUAUUUUUACAUUAUUUUCCAUCUUGUUUAUUUAUAUGCCAGUCCAUAAGUGCACAUUGGCUCCUUUAGGCAGUGUGAUGCGCCGGAAAUAUUAGAUAGAGCCUAAAACAGCUCCUGUAUGGAUAUCUAAGUUGACAUGUUGGAGGGGGAACUGGACAGACCUGUCUUACUUGGUGCUGUGUUUUUUGCAGAUGAUCCUCUCAGAGGGAUGUGCAGGGUCAGAGAUGCCUUUCUUCGAGAGCUGGAUGCAGACCUGCAUGCCAGGGGAGGGGAAGGUCCUCAAUCCAGAUCACCCCUGUUUCCGUCAUCCAGACCUCCCUAAGGUGGAAGCACUGGUUGCCCAACUUAAUACUUCCUCUGAGAUGAGGCUGGGGUAUGUAAUUAAUAUGAUGUUUGAGAAGUGUAAUAGCAUUCUCUUCGUGUCUAGAAAUGUGAUAAUGUGAUUAUGUUUUGUACUGCACUUCAUUAGCUAUUGAACCAUUAAGACCUCUAGAUGACAAAUGUGAUUUCAUGCAGGAUAAGGACAGCUUUUUAUCAUUCAAUUAAAUAUGGAUUGUUAAAGGGACAUUCACUCUAAACACCAUAACAACGUAUGCUCAUUGCGUGAGAUAUGGUUUAAGAUCAUCCACUGUCCCUGUCUCCUUUCCUACAAUUGCUUUAUAACUGUAGCAAUUUGCAAAAAAUGCUGUAACUGUUUAUCCUGCCACUUUCUCCAUAGACAUUAGAGGGCAAAGCUAUACUUUUGUACUUACAAAAUAUUGAUUCGGUCUGAAUGUAUGCUUUCAAGUCCCCACCUCUCCAUAUCAAUUGUGGCUGGAGAGCCCAAAUGCUGUGGCAAGUCCCCUUUAUAAAACUUUAAAUCUAAUUGUCAUUAAAUUACUAGCAGCUAUUGUAUGACAGCCAUCCACUUAUUUAGCAUUUCCUGAAUAGCAGAGCCUCUUCCUAGUCUGGGCCGAGCUCACUGCUCUUUACAUGUGGAAUUGCAGGAACUUUAAAGAGGAGUAUUUUUUAUUUUUUUUUGUAACACAUUAUCUAUACAGUUGGAAUCCCUUAAAAGAGGAACUGAUGGCUGGUGUAACAUUUUUUCCAAGUGUACUUCUUUUGCUGUUUACUCCCACGUUCUGUUGGUAUCUGAAACCCCAUAAACAUGUACAGUGUGGAAUGAUAAGCACAACUCUUAGCAUAGCUUACCUGCUUGUACAUACUUUAAUUUGGGAGUAUAUGAAGAAACAAAAUAUUACACAAGCCCUAACAGAUUCUUCUUUUCAACUUGUGUGCAUGAAAUGUUGUUUUAUCACAUGAGAGUGUACUCCAAAGCCCGUAUAGUAUUCUUGGGACAAAUGUACAUGGAUAAAAAUUUUAAUUAAAGGUACAUUAUAGUCACCAGAACAACUGCAGCUUAUUGUAUUUGGGCUUUGGGCUUUUUUGCUGUUAACACUGUAUUUUCAGAGAAAAGGAAGUGUUUACAUUACAGCCUAUGGUUACCUCCACUGGCCACUCCUCCAAUGGCUACUAGAGGUGCUUCCUAAGGCAGUGCUGCACACUGAACUUUCCUUAUAGAGAUGCAUUGAUUCAGUGCCGCUCUAUGAGGAGAUGCUGAUUGGCCAGGACUGUGUUUGGCUUGUGCUGGCUCUGCCCCUGAUCUGCCUCCUUGACAAAUUCAGCCAAUCCAAUGCUUUCUCAUGUGAUUGGCUGAGAACUCCGCUUCUGAUUAUGUCAGCCAAGCAGGCAUAUCAGGGGCAGAGCCAGCACCAGCAGACUGGAAUAAAAGGUAAGAUUUUACCAUAUUAAGGGGGGAAGUGGGGCUAGGUGGUCUUUUUAACACUUUAGUGUCAGGAAUACAUUUGUGUUUCUGACCUUUUAGUGUUCCUUUAAACAACUUUUUGUGUACUGUAUUGUUAUUAUUUAAACACAGAUUAAUAUCCACCUGUAUCAUCUUGUCUGUUGUGCAGUCAAACUAAAUGGCACGAGGUGUGUUUGAUUAUCCCUGCUACAAUCCUUGAGGUUCAUAAUGCCUGGGAGAAUGGAGUCCUCUCAUUUGAAGCUAUCCAGGUAAAUAGCAUUUAUUUUAUCUUUGUUAAGUCACUGACUUUUUAUCACAUAACAUGAAAACACCAACCUCUUGCCUCCUCUAAAUACACAGAAAUCGGAACAUAUAACCCCCCCCUUUCAUUCUCAGGACACAUACAUCUGAUUUUCUCCUAAUACACAGAAAUCAAGACACAUACCUCUCACCUCCACCGAAUAUACAGACAUCAGGACACAUAGCUUUUAUCUUCUCUUAAUACACAUACAUCAGGACACAUAGCUUUUACUUCCUCUUAAUACAUGUAUAUAUGGAUACAUAUCACUUAUUUCUUCCUUGCACACAAACCCCAGAGCACACAUCUCUCUGUGCCUGAUUUAAAAAACACUCACAAACAGCGGCUCUUUCAUUUUCCUUGUUUCCUUGUUUUGACAGAAGAUCACCGAUAACAUAAAAGGGAAGGUGUGUAGCCUGGCAGUGUGUGCUGUGGCCUGGCUCGUUGCUCAUGUUAGGAUGCUGGGACUAGAUGAACGCGAUAAAUCUCUGCAGAUGAUCAGACAGUUGGGUUCACCAAUGUUUGGGGACAAUACAUUGCAGUUCUACAGCGAGAGGUCAGUCAUAUCAGUUUUAUAUUACAUUUCUUUAUUAACUACUGAUUAGUAAAAGUCAGAUUACCUUAUUGUAUCAUAAUUCCAUUUUCAUGUUAGUCUGUACAUUUAAUUUUCCUUUAUAUUUGCAUCAUAUUCCCUCCGUGAUAAUUUUCCGAAUUUUUGUGUCCCCCCUCUUAUGAUCUCUACGUAAACCUUUAUUGCUAUUCCCAUCGAAUGUAAGCUCGUUUGAGCAGGGCCCUCUUCAGCCUAUCAUUUCUGUAAGUUUUCUUGUAAUUGUCCUAUUUAUAGUUAAAUCCCCCCUCUAAUAAUACUGUAAAGCGCUACGGAAUCUGUUGGUGCUGUAUAAAUGGCAAUAAUAAUAUUAAUGAUAUACACUUAUCAAAUUUUUUCCCAAAAGUAUUACAUUAAUGACCAAUUCGUUUUCUAUUCCUUUUAAUUUGGUCUCAUUGCCGAUGUAACUGUUUGUCUAUUCAUGCACCAAUUACAAGAUCAUCUCAAUUUCUCCUCUGUCACUGGCAUAGGGUUGUCAUAAUGAGUUCUAUCUUGGAGAAUAUGUGCUCCGAGGUUCUCCAACAGACCGCCACUCCCAUCAAAUUCACUGUGACUGGCAGUGAACCAGUGCCUUAUGUCCACCGUCUACCUCCAAAGAAACCCAUCAAGGAAGUCCUGAGGGCGACCUUCAGUGCAACUCUAGAGAAAGGAUGGGUGGACAGUCGUGCUCUGCACAUUUUCGACACACUUCUCCACAUGGGCGGUGUCUAUUGGUUCUGCAAUAAUUUGGUGAAGGUAAGAUGGUAUAAAAGCCUUAUGAUCUGAUAGGAUAAAGACUGUUUCAUAGCCGUGCACAAAAUUUUUAAUGGCACUACAGGUGCUCCUUGUUUUGCAACCUACCUGUUUUACGAUGGCUCACACUUAUGACCAGCUCUCUCCCGGGGUGGUAAGUGCGAGAUGUCGUUGGAAUUAGAUGGAUUCCCCGAUCACAGAUAAAUGCAACAGAGCAGAGAAACCCUCUAAUCUAUUUUCGGGGAAAUUUCCCCGAGCAUAGAUUAGAGGGAUUCCCUGAUCUUGUGCGUUUAUCUGUGUUCGGGGAAAUGUCCCUGAACACAGACAUGCGCACCAGAGCAGGGAAUCCCUUAAAUCUAUGUUCGGGGAAAUUUGCACAAACGUAGAUUAGAGGGAUUCCCUCCUCUGGUGCGUUCGUCUAUGUCCGGGGAAAUUUCCCCGGCAUAGACAAACGCACCAGAGCAGGGAAUCCCUUAACUCCUAAUUACCGGCCAAUUCGUUCUACGACCGGGUCGUAGGAACGGAACCUGGUCGGUAAGUGAGGAGUAGCUGUAUUUCAGUUUCUGGGAUACAAUCACAAAAAUGUUGUCCAUGAUUGGAUCCUCAAAAAUAAUCAAAGUGAACAUUUAAGUUUCAACAUAUCGUAAGCAAUGAAUAUUUGCCAUCAAAUAAAAAGUUCUAUAAUGUAACAAUGUAACACAGCCUUCUAUAGAAACACUUUCUCCAAAAAAGGUGCACUUGCAUGACUCCUAGAUGUUAUUUGUUGUACUACUUACAGUGUGGAUAAUAAAAGAAUGAGAUCCUGCAAAUAAAAGCUAUGUAGUUAAUACGUUGAAGGCAGUAUGGAUUUCCCGAGAAACUUAUGAUUCUCACAACCUCACUGAUCACACGUGACUGUAAUUUUAGACUGACUUUUCAGAAAAAUGGCAGGGUCAGGAGUGGUGAUCAGCAAUAAUGAUAAUCAACCCCUCUUCCUGUGUGUCCAACUUGUCUGGUUAAAACAACAUGUUUGUUCGUCCACCCACUGUAAAGCACUGCGGAAUUUGUUGGCGCUAUAUAAAUAAUAACAUAAUAAUAAUUCUGGACGGCCAGCAGUGGAUAGUUAGAAAAUUUGCGAUUGCUUAUUUAGAUUUUAUGUGAAAAAUAGACUUUAUGACCUAGAAUAAAGAUAAUUUCCUAUUUAUAAGAGGUCCGGCACCUUCAAGUGCUGUGAACGGACUGUGUGUGUAUAUAUAUCACUGUCGUUUUAAUAGAGAAAAUUACAGCCAUAAUCUACUCAUCGUGAAUAUUUAGUUUAGGGCUUGACAUAUAUGUUCUUUUGGCAGGAGUUACUGAGGGAAACGCGAAUGGAAUUUGCUUUGCGAGCGGUGGAGUUGCUCUAUGCAAUCUUCUGCUUGGACAUGACACAACUAACACUAACUCUUUUGGGACAUGUGCUACCGGCCCUGCUCACAGACUCCGCCAAAUGGCACAUGUUAAUGGACCCACCAGGCCGAGCACUGGCAAAGUAAGACUUUUACCCCGAUGUGAUAUGUGUGUUGUUGUUUUCCACUGAUUCCAUUCCUAGUGGUUACACGUUGUGGGUUCUUCUCUGUAUAUAAUAAUAAGACCAUUUUCUCCUGUGCACAGAUUGUCCGUUUGGUGUGCAAUGACUUCUUUCUCCACACACAACAGGGGACAGCCUUCCCCCCGACAGAGGAAAAGACACAGAGAGGACAUUGAGGUAGGUGUGGAGGGUUGGAGGGUAGAUGUUGAUAUUAAAGAGAAACUCACAUUAGAGUAGCAUGUUCUUUAAUGUACAAAUAAUUAUAAUUUGGGAUUGAUGAUUUUUGUUUUAUAAACCGUUUUUCUUUUAUUUAUCCUAAAAAUCUCCACUAAAGAGAUAAACGGCGUGCUAAGGAACCUAUAUUCAGGAAUGACCCAAACAAACUCAUUUAUUCAAAACACAAGUCUAAUAUGCCAGCAAAAAAAAGGAGAAAAGGUUGGGGUCCAGACACUCAAGGGUUAAUUUUGCAGCAGAUUUUUUUCUACUAAUACGUUGGAGAUAGCCAGCCCCAGGUCUGGUAGCACCAGGACUCCAGCAAGAGUGCGGUAUUCCUUCUUUCUUGUUAAUAUGCUAGUAAGGCAUAUAAGACGCAAAUACGUCCCUUACAAUAAAAAAGAAAAUGACAAACAACUUUAUUGUAAAACAGAAAAACAAGUACAAGGGAUACAUUCCUGGUUACACAGUUAAAGAAGCCUGGGGCUUAAAGCUAGUGAGGGGAAACAAAACCCUAAUAUACCUAUUAAAUACCAAUAAAACUCCCGUGAACGGGAGAAAACUGUCUAGUUAGUGGCAAAGCUGUUCUGGCUUAAUUGAGCAUUAAUGAAAAAUGAAUCUUGGCGUGCGUUCUGAAGGCUUGCAUGCGGAUAUAGGAAAUGAAAUGCCUGGUGCAAGCAGUACCAACAAACAGAAAAUGAAUAGUCUCCAGGCUCGGUUUGUCUUACCUACUCUGCACAAUUCACACUGAUAACGGCUUCUCUAGUGUUGACUGUACUAAAUAAAAGAGGAACUGAGUAUGUGAGAUCUCGCCUACAGAAGCACACUCCACAGGGGAAGUUAGUUGAAAAGACAAAACUUGGAAACUUAAUAGGAAAGUGUAAUCACUUCUCAUUUUUAGCAUUCUAGCUUUCUAGGAAUGGCAGCGGGAAACAAGAUUUUACCAUUUACAGAACUGAACCCAUAAUAGAUAUGUGACAUAUUUAGGAUUGGUAGUUGUUAAAAUAAAACAAAAUGUCUCCUUUUCAUCACUAGGGCCACAAAAAAAAAAAAAAGUAAGAUUUUCUAUAGAGUUAAGGAAAGUACACUGUAAUGAUGCAUAAUUUGUUCUGUAAGAUGUGUGUAAUGUGCAUGUGUCCUCUCCUUAGCCCAUUUUUUUCUAUUAUUUAUUGAAGAAUAUCAGGAAUAAAUCAGAGGAAGCUAACUUGCUUUUGAGUAAUCGUUUCUAUGAAAUGGCCUUAAUCGUGUAUAUAUAGCAAUAAAGAGGGGAAUUUUAUAGACAGAAUUGUCUAUUAAACAUUUCUCAAAAUAUCAGGAUGCCUAAAGGGGUUAAAACAUGCAGACACGUCUUUAUAUGACUUGAAAGAACACCACACACACCUAAACAUUUAAUGUGUGAAAAGGUGUGUUUUUCCCUUCUUUUUUUUUUCUUCUCAUUAAACAAAACUUUUAGAUUUCAAUAGAAAUUGGCAUUCUUUAAAAAAAUAAAAAUAAAUAAAUAAAUAAAAUAUUAACUUUGUUACACCCUCUAGGCUGUCAAUCAGACGACUGGUCCUGUUACUUCCUGGUAGUUUACAGUUUAGUUUAAAGGCGCUAAACUCAAGGGACAGGCAAUUGCUCAGAGCACCUGCCUGGCAAAACCACGUUUGUAAAUCUGUGAUUGGAGAGCUACAGAAAGUCUGCACUGGGUUAGGAGAAGACUGUUUGCAUAUAAGAGAUCUCCAGCUUUUGCACGCUGUCUUUAGAUAAACCAUCGAAUAAAAAAAAAUGAAAAAAGCUAAAUUAAAUGCAAGCAUUUUUUUCUCUUCUAUUUUGGCUGUGGAGAGACCCUAUAACUAUAUAUUUGAUCUCACACUUAGUUGCCAAAAGUCAAGCAAUAAAAUAAAUCCAUGUCAGUAGAACAACAUAAUGCUGAAGGGCAACACGAACCUCUGAAUCUCCAAAAGACAUGAAGCAAAUAACCAAAGCUGGACUUUCAGGAAGAGAAGAAGCCCAAACGAGGAAUUGAAAAUAGUCACUUCAUUCCAUUUCAUGUUGUCAGGGGUGUUACCAUAGUAACUGCAGCGGAUGUUCUACGGUUGCUAUGUGCAGAGAACAGAAAGCCCGUCUGUGGUCAGUGCAGAAGAAUUGUCUGACAGGUGGGAGAAAUGUUAAAAUAAGUUUUUCUCUUGAUCUGCUAGCACAGUGUAUGUAUGGAAUUGUAGGGAGGAUGACAAUAGCCUUUAAAGGGACACUCCAUACACACACAGAGCGCCAAAGCCAUGCUGAAGUGCUUUAUGUAUCUGGAACCAGUCAUAUUUGUAACAGUUUGUAAAAGUGCUGAUUUUAAUGCAAAAAAAUUUUUCAAAGCUUUUAUUGGGUAUAUGUGCAACAUACAGCAAUGUAAGAAAAACUCACAACGCGCGAGUCAAACUCUUUUACAAUUUGUCACGUAUAAUAUGUCACAGGUGAACAUUAUACCCGUUAUAAUGAACUCAAUACAAAAAAAAAAGUAUAAAACAUACCAUAAAGCCAAGAAAGGGAAACAGUCAGGCAAACCAUGUGUUGCAUGGUAUAGAAAUUGUGACUUUUAUUAUUGGGGGCAGAAACACCUCCCUGGCUGUCAAUCUCAGCAAAGCUAGAUCGUGCCUGCUGCCCACCCCCCUUCUUAGUUAUGUUGCGGCUCCAUCACAGAGGCGUCUCAGUGAGAAAUUGUGCUGAGAAAAGGGGGGAGAGCUUGAGAUCUGCAGAUAUAUCCCCAAAGCAAGCAUGCAGGAAUAAAUGCAUUCAUGUUAUAUUUGGGGGUAUAUCUACUAAAUUAUUUUUUUUAAAGUUCCAUUGGAGUGUUCCUUUAAACUUGCAGCUUGAUAUUAUAGGGAUACUACAGUGCCAGGAAUACAAAGCUGUAUUCCUGGCACUAUCGCUCCCCCGGCCUACCGCCUCCAUCGCGUCCUGUGAUGAGCGGGUGCUAAUGCGCAUGCGCAGCAAAUGCAGCAUUAAGUGCAAUAGGGACAUUGUACCCAGACCUGGGUGCCUAUAGUGUCCCUUUAAUAUUUACAGACAAAAGUCUAAUAAUGUGUACCAAGAUAAUUAGCGCCACCUGGUGCGCAAACUAUUGCAAAUACACAGUUCUAUGUCCCUAGCACGGAUACAAUUGUUUCAUGUCCUGAUACAGAGAGAAUGUAAGGCAGCAUAAGAGAACUUUGUAACAACUAAGUGAUAUUCAUAAACAUUGUGUAUUUAAGAGAGCCAGAAGAAUGCUAAAACAAAAAAAUUUAAGUGAAGAAAUAAAGGUAUAAUCUUUUUUAUUUUUAUUUGCUGUUUUGGGCUUCUUUUCUUCCUGAAACUUCGGCUUACAUCUGUCACACAAAUAGGCACACAAGACCGCUUCAUCUCAGUUAAAUCUGGUGGCUUGCACGCGUCAUUUCAGCUCUAUGAAGAAAAACUUUUCAGUUUUAGAGAAACAGCAGUGUUUUUCCACCCAAGACUGACACCACCACUAGCAGCCUUCUCUUAGACUGCCACUAGAUAGGGCUUCCUGGUUAGUAACCGAGUAAAUAUCGGCUAGUUCACGUUUGACUUCCUUACGUUCGACAUCUAACGUCCUAUAUAUUCAAUGCAGGCAGCUUUUAAUGUGUGCACGCCUGCAUUGAAUCCUUUUAUUGUGGAACCCCGAUAGUAAAGCAUUUAUCAAUGCGCCGCAAAUGCGCAUUAGGUACCGAGUGCUCCUGUGAGGACAUCACUUUUGGAGGCUGUGCCCCUCUGUGACAUCGCUGAAGGAGGAGUAGUAAACAAUACUAGUGGAACCUUGACACUGGAUAAAGAUGAGUCUAAACCAUUCAUUUUUAUAAAUUUUUAAUGACGGGUGUGGGGGGCCACCUGAAAAAGACCAGGGACUGAAAUACUAUAACAUCAGGAAUACAGAUUAGUAUUCCUAACACUUUAGUGUUCCUUUAAUAGAGCAACAGAUCAGCGCCGGGUGGGGAGCUCUCCUCCUCCUCUCCUCCUUCUCGGCUGAAUGCGCAUGCUUUACUUGACUUUUCCUAACUAUGCAGCAAGGGCAGCUUUACCUUUUAUUGCCAAGAUUCAUAUAUGCCAGAAUGCUUAAUGCCUGUGGCAUGUAUUUUGAUGGAAGAUAUGAUCUUUAAAUGUGCUUAUCCCGAAAAGUUACUCCACAGCGAAACAUUGCACAUACAGACUCCCGGCACCAUGGCCACCUCAAAAGUGUUGAAGUGGUUAUGGUGCUUGGAGUAACCCUUUAAUACUGUUGCUAAGUUAUUACGAUGGAUGUUAGUGAGAGUUGGUCCAUGCAUCUGCCCCCAGUUUAUCCGUCCUUUCCGAUGUUUUGCUCUGUAAAUUGCUUGCUUUGCUUAGCCACAUCUGAAUCCUUUCUUGCUUACCUGCUCCCCUCUCUGGAAUGUAUGAAUGUUGUCCUCUGGCGUGGGUAGAUGUUCUGGGAUUUGCUGCUUUCCCAGUCGCCCCAAAUGCAUUGCUUCUUCUGGAUAUUAACUUGGUACCAGACAUGUGCAUAAUAUCAUACAUGGUUAUUCUGUAAAACUUUAUAUAUAAACCACAAAAUGCAGGUAGAUGUGAGACGUUUUGCAUUAAAGGACCACUAUAGGCACCCAGACCACUUCAGCUUAAUGAGGUGGUCUGGGUGCCAGGUCCAGCUAGGUUUAACCCUUUUUUCUAUAAACAUAGCAGUUUCAGAGAAACUGCUAUGUUUAUGUUAGAGUUAAUCGAGCCUCUAUUGGCUGUCUCAUUGACAGCUGCUAGAGUGCUUCCGCGCUUCUCACUGUGAAAAUCACAGUGAGAAGACGCCAUUGUCCAUAGGAAAGCAUUGUGAAUGCUUUCCUAUGGAAUGGCUGAAUGCACACGCAGCUCCUGCCGCGCAUGCGCAUUCAGCCAAAGAGGAGGAAAGCUCCCCGCCCGGCACUGGAGAAAGAGGUAAGUUUAACCCCUUCCUCUCCAUCCAGCCCAGCGGGAGGGGGACCCUGAGGGUGGGGGCACCCUCAGGGCACUAUAGUGCCAGGAAAACGAGUAUGUUUUCCUGGCACUAUAGUGGUCCUUUAAAAAGGACAUUCUGGUUACGCAGACCACUUCAUCUCAAUGAAGUGGUCUAGGUGCAGUGUCCCUGUUUUUUAACCUGGCAAUGUAAAAUAUUGCAGUUUUUUUUUAGAAACUAAUGUUUACAUUGCAGGUUUAGGUCCACCUCUAGUGACUAUCAAUAUGACAGCCGCUGGAGAUACUUCCGCUGCACUAACAAGUAAAACUCUGUCACAUGAUGCGGAAGCCAUAUAGGAAAGCAUUGAUUCAAUGGUUUUGUAUGAGGAAAUUUGAAUACGUUCAUGUGAAUAGGGCCCCAAUGCUAUUGGAUUGGCAAUGAACUUCUGGUCAAGCUCAUGGUUGCUUUUUACCCCAAAUGAUUGAGAUGCCUGAAAUAACACUCUGUAUUCAUCUUAAUUAUCUGUCUUUGUUUAUGGGGUGGGGGGCUUAUCAGAUUUUUGAAAAGUUUUUAGUCCUCAGUAGACCAUCCCUGUGGCAUUAGGGAUACAGACAUGACGUUCCACAUCAAUCUGAUUUCUUCUGCCUUUAAAUAUUACAUGAAUCUGUAAGAGAAAAAUUAUUUAAUCUACGCUAGUGUGAGAAUACCAUGAGUGCAUGUAUAUUGUCUUCUCGGUAUCACAGGGGAAAAAUAAAACUGAUAACCGUGAACGUGAGCCAAAGUAUAUUCCUAUAAAUAAAUAUAUUGUCAGGUACAUGACAACAUAGUGCUUUUACGGACAUAUGAUGCCAUAUCUUUUCUGUUUUGUCCUUUUAGGAUUACAGCAGCUUGUUUCCCCUUGAUGAUACACAGCAAUCCAAAUUAAUGCGUCUGCUUAGUUCCAACGAGGAGGACCAUGCUGUACAACCCAAUCCCAGUAAGUAAAUAGACGAAAAAUAAAUGUAUGCGGCGAGAGAGCUCUGCAGCUUCACAAUGUGCUCUGUACAGUGAAUAGAGAGCAAGAUUAAUGGCUCACUUCUUAGGAGAGCAGCUAUUUGUCAAAUUCAAGUUAUUUUAUACUGAUAUCAUCUUCAACCAUGAAGCGGCUAAGCUAUCUCAGCCGAUCACUGCUCUAACACUCCUACAUGAUGAUAUAGUCUCCCCUUAAGAAUCAAUGAGAGCCAUUCAUAUACUAUUAGGCAAAUGGUGGUUCAAUGCGCAAGCUUAAGUAAGCAAAACACAGAAACUGGGGCAGAGCAUGUUAUUACUGGAUAUGACCAGCCUUGACGCAGUACAUGGAAUAGCAAUAAUAGAAAGAUUAAGUGUAACCAGAGACAAGCUAAGAUCAGAAAUACGGAGAAGCACAAGUAAAGGUCAAGGUGUAUAAGCCAGAUCAAAGAUGUCUAAAGUGACAUAGAAAUAGCGCCCUCUCGGAUACCAGAAGGAAAACCACAACAGGGCAACGAGGAACAGAGGAGCAGGUGUAUAUAUAGGCACAAAUCCCCUCUAAGUGGUCAGUGGCACUCCUGCAACCAUGUGAGUUUGGAGUUGCAGGAAUGACACAUCAGAGAGUAGUUGUCAAGAUUGAGAGAAUAUUGCACAUAUCAGUUAUCCUUGGAGUACUUCCGGAAGGGUGGGCAUAGUCCAUACAGAAACGGUAGGAAAGGAAUGUUUUGGCCACACCUGGUGGUUUCUUUAUUUGGAGUUUAAUAGAAUACAAAGGGUGUAAGACAGGUAAAUCCUGCUUGAGAUCUUCCAUCCUAGCCUGUAUAGACACAAUGGAGCUUCCUAUAUAGAGCCUGAUAAAGCUCUAUAUUAUGUUAGUUUUAUGUGAUUUAUAUUUUAUAUAGAGAGCACUAUGUAUUGUUUAUAUUUUUUUUGGUAGUUCAAGAUCUUACUAUACAGGUUCUAUAAGUAUACUGUGUGUGUACUUAGUGUGUUUCACGUUUUGUUACAAGUCUUUAUUUGGAGUGCAGAUUAAAAUACAAUAACGUUUUAGCUCCCCUGAGCCUUUGUCCAGUCUACAUCAGAGAGAGUGUGACUUCACAUUUCCUGUAGUAGCAAGGGUUUAUAUUUGUUUGAAUAGCCUAUGUAACUGUGCUGUAUUGAAUGAUCUAUUUAAUCCCUAGUUGGGAGCACAGAAAUUAUUUGUGCAAGUGGCAUUACUGUUACUUAUGCUAGUUAUUUGGUAGAAGUAUGACGAUAGUUAUGUUAUGCACAUCCUAAAUGACAAAACAUGGGAAACGAAUAAAUAGGGGCCACUGCUGUGCUCAUGUUAUGCAACAAAUCACUUGUGAAAUGUCCUACAUUUACACCAAUAUUAUGCACAAUAUCUACAGCUACAAUGAAAUAUCUGUGUUUGGAGACUGCGGCAGAAACUAAACUGAAUGGGAAAAUGCAUCAUUUUAAUUAUUUUCGUUGUUGACCUCGUAUAAACAUGAAUGCUCAGAAUACAGGUGCUCUGAAUUAAAUAUAAAUGAAUAAAUGUUUUUUGUCGAGGUAAUUUGAAAUGGAGGUCUGCAAAAUUAUCUCAAAUGCAUCCUGAACCUGUAAAGCACGGGAACUCGAAUUUAACCCUAUAACGUAAAAAAGAACAUGGCAGCCAUAUUAAUGGGGUUUAUUACAACAUCACAUUUAUUAAGAGUGGUGGAAAAAAUUGGCAUUAUAUUCAUUCGUAUAAUUUUUUUCUAACUUAACUUUUUUUUUUUUUUUUGAAAACCCUCUUUCUAACAGCGUUGUUCCACUUCCUUCUCCCCAGCAACUCCACUCUGUGUCUUUCUUACUCAUCCCACCCCGUUUUUUAUUUUUUCCUUGAAUUUUUUUAAAUUAGUUUAAGGAGUGAAUGAGUUAAUGUAGGAGGUGCACAACCUUUUAAAGAGACUGUAAUUCUUCCCAGGGGCCACUGCCAUAUGAUGUCAAUUAGAUGUUUAUACUUCAAGUAAGCUGAAUCUACAACAUCACACAAAAAGUAAGGACAUCAGUACAAUAAAAAUCCAUAAUUUAUUUCACCACUUUGGGCUGCUCAAAUAACAACAAAACAAAUCGGAGCCACAAACCCAUAGUGCUUCCGGAGACUGAACACAUAGCUCCCAAAUCUGCACAUUUUGUUUGUAGCAAACCUUUUCAAAACGCAAAAACAAAAGUUUGCUACAAACAAAACAUGUAGACUUGUGAGCUGUCUGGUCCACUCUCCUGAGACACUCUAUGUUUUUGGUUCAGAUUUGUUUUAUUUUUUUCAGCAGCCCUAAAGAAUUAAAUAAAUUAUGGAUUUUUAUUGUACUUCUGUACCUGUUUUUGGGUGAAGCUGUUGGUGUGUUGAGGAUUGACCAUUCUUGCAGGACGUCAGAUUGUGAGUACUUCACUAUUGAAGUCCUUGUUGGAUUAUUAGCUAAACUGUGAUUUCAGCUUUGCUAUUGUGAGUGCACCAGUGAAUUGCUGGUACACACGCAUUAUUGGAAAAACCACCAGUGGAGUGAACCUUUUCUUUCUGCAACUCUUUGAAUACACUGAUUCUACACACAAAAAAUACUUUCAUAUUCACAAAUGCGCGCACACAUGCACCGGUCAGAUUUUUUAAAAUCUAUUAUUUAUAUUUAUAUGCACAAGCAUUCCACAAACAUACACCCCUUGAAUUAACUGGAUACACACAAACUGAUAUUUUCAGACAAAUAGAAAGGUCCCCCAUUUCACACUGUAGAAACAGCAAACUAUGCCUAAGCGGUCUGCUCGGUUCAACUCAUUUGGUGCAGAGUUCCCGUGGAACAUGUCUGCGCCGCUUGCAGGUAGUUCCGCCCCCUAUUUUUUUUUUAUUUAAGCGCAACUUAUUUUAUCAUAUGUAUGGGCAAAUAAAGGAGACAGCCUGUUAUAACAUAACUACUGUAACCUAUACCUGCUGGAUCAGUUAGGCAGAAAAAUCUAGUGGUUUUCUAAUGCUGUCUCCAUCCAUUGACUACCCUUGUCUCUGUUCUGGUGCCUGUGGGAGGAAAGCAUUUGGCCCCAUGUUCCCCUGAUGAAUUGCGUGGACUAAUACCUGCUGCAUCUAGAGAUGCUCUAUUUCUGCCACCUAUCUGAGUGUCUAUGCAGCAGCAGCUGAUUGUACUCUGACGUCACAUCGCCAUUCUCCUGGCCCACACUACAUGAUGAGUCCCCGAGAAGCUCCUCCUUGGGCGUUCAUGUAAUUCAGAACAUGCUCGCGGACAGUGCACGGUCUAAUCGUGUUGGCGGGGCACAGGUGCUGCUAGUCAGCACUGUGGUACCUCACGAGACCCGAUUACAGUGACAAAGGUUACGCCUCAGCGGCCAGUGGCCAUGCAUUCUAGAACAGGUGGCUGGAGGUACAUCCCUAAUCAAUAUAAGGCUCUGUUAUCCCCUCCCCCCCGCACUUCCAUAAAAUGACUUGUACAAAGAAGAAUAGCUUUCACUCCAUUCAGUUCUGCAACAUCCAUAAUAAUGACCUUUGUCGUGCUUCACAUACUGGACAUAUAUUUGUCAGAGGAUAUAACAACCACCUGUUACGCACCAGAAGUUAUAAAAAGGUUUUUGUUUUUUUUCAGGAUUUCCUAAAACGUGACCCUGAAAAGUCUAAUUUCUUCUUUCUCUGUAAAUAAUCUUCCAUGACAUUGCAGUUGGGCAAGUGCUUGCUGUGUCAUUGAAAUGUCAUCAUCCUUGUACUGGCGCUUUUCGUGCUCGGAGUUUGUAUUUUUGCCCAUUCACAGUAGCUGAUCCUUUACUUCUUACUGUAUGCUGGGUUACCACAUUUCCUGUUCAUUAUUGGAAUCAUUCCUUUGACACCAGCAGGGAAAGCAGUGAAUGUAACUCUGGAGUUUUGGAGUGAAAAUGAUUUCCUUUGUCAUAUGCAAAUUGUAAAACAUGUGUCACUACCAAAACAUGCACAAAUCCUUUGUUCACAUCCACAUUGACUCAUACUGAAGCCUGGCUCAGGUCGUUAGGAUUGUUGGAUUUAUUUUAAUUUUAUUUGCUAAACCCUGUCUAAAUUUUGAAUUAGAACGUUAAACACAUUAUGUUGCAAUCUUUUUUGGAAGUUUGCAUACAAGCCCUCCAAGGUCGAAUGUAAUGUCUCAAUCCCAAAUCAAUAUGAUCUUUUUUUACUUUAAGAGAUUCACAUUUUGGUAAUUACGAGCCAACAAAGUAGAAAAAAUAUACCUAGCUCAAACAUAGACAUCUGUGUCUGUUUAUUAUAAAUACACAGUUCUGCAUGUGAAAGGGAUUUUUUCUUCUUCUUAUCUUUAGUAAUUUAAAGUUUAAAAUACUUUUCCUGUAAUUAAAGUGAACCUGGUUUCCUCAGAUUUGUGGAGGUCCAUUCUCCCAAAAAGUGGUAUAAAAAUGUAAUAUGUAUUUGUAUAUGUUAAUAAAAAUUAUUAGAUAUUUUACAGGUGAAAAGUAUCACAUCUGUAAAUUAACUAUUUUAGCUUGGUAGCAUUUUCCGUUCACUGUUUCCUACAGGCCAAACAAUCUGUGAUUUUAUUUGUUACCGAUCAUCUAACACCAAAUUCUUAUAGAGCAUGAAUUUAAAAAGAAAAUGGUUUACAAUCUGUCUCAAAUUCGUAAAAAACUAAAUGCAUUAUCACACCAUAUACCAUUGUACAACUCACUGUACUAUAUAAUGGUAUCAAAAUAUAAUGUUUUAAGAUUUUAGUCUGCUUUGUAAAGUGGCUUCAGAUUUGCGUCAAUUAACACAGAUGCAUGACCUACAGCACACCUAAAACAGAUUUACUCAUCAUCUUUAUCAAUUGAGUCCUGCAUAUUCUUCAUGCUCAGUUGUCCCUAAUACCAUUAUUCUACUGAAAAACGAGUUCAGUAUGCAACUACCUAUAUGCUCCUUAAAAGUCUCGGCCUGCACACGCCAUAAUAUUUCUAUAAAAAUACCCCCUCUGAUUUCAAAAUUUUAUGCAAGCUAACCAUUUAUAAUCAGUUCCAAUUGAGUACUAUGUGACCAUAUAAAACACAUAAACCAUGAAUGAGACACAGAUAAAACAACCCAAUCAAGUGACACAUUUUCAAUUGGAUGACCUUAUAAUGUAGGAAAAACCUCCCAAAAAUGCCCUUUGGGGUAGACAGGGUUUUGUAAGGAUAUCACCAAAAGUGAUAAGUAAAAUUAUUGCUUUACAACUCAAAGAGUGAGACCCAAAUUAAAACCAGAAACGGUUUGCAGAAGUGAGGGUGUGCGUGACAAAGGCAUUUCCUAUAUUUCUUACAUUUUGCAUUAGCAAUUUUCAAAAGAAAUGACAAACACUAAUAAUAGUGGUCACAAACCAUGUACAAUAAAAUACACAGAAUCAUAAACGCAACGAACACCUCCUGAAUGAUCUAAAUCUGUCUGGUGAUGCUAUGGAAUACGGGUUCAAUGACUCAUUUAUGAGGGAAAAAGUUUCAGACAGUUCAUUCUCACAAACUAAUACAAAAAUGGGAACACCUAAAAAUACAGUUUAUUCUAAGCAUAUAAGCAGUAAAGGUGCUCUAAGGUGUGAACCUUUUUGGUUCUCGUGCUUGGGCAAAGGUGAUUGUAUUAAUUAGAACGUUCAUAAAAUUGCAAACUCUGAAUAAACUUUGCACGCUCUUUGAAGAUCCCUGUUCCCAUGGUUUCCUUUAAUAUAGUUACUAAAACCAAUAACACAAUUCGGGUAUUGUUCACGAGAUUUAUCAAUGUCCAGAUUUUGCAAAGCAGCCUACCAAAUUACCUUGAAUGUAGUCCAGAUUACACCCUUUCUGGAAGAAACCGAACCGUUUAAAUUUGGAACCGAUUGAUGGGAAUCCAGAACCAGAUUAAAAGCUGGGACAACUGGGAAGGUAUUGAAAGAAAUAAGGUGGGCAGGAAUUCUAUCCCGCUGGAGAUGGAGGGGUGGGGUUUACCAGCCAAUGGCAAGAUAUCUGCCCAUCUCUACCAUGUAUUAGUCGCGCUGAGUAUAUUGGUCUACAUCUGGCAGCAAAAGCAGACUUGUGGCAAUCAUGCACAGACUGGAGGCCGCGCAUGGUGCAUUUGAAAGGGAGGCAGAUAUAUAAAUCCCUUACCUUUUUAUCAAUUGCCCUUUUCACCUUUAAAUAUCUUAAUUGGGGUUUUUACAUGUAUUCAUAUUGAAAAAUAGAUAAAAGAAGUAAAUUAAAUAUUUUGUGAAAUUCUGUUCUAGGUUACCAUUUAUGUUGUCUAUAAUCUUUUUAUUCAAAGGGUAUUUAGUUGGGUUUUUGUCAUAUCUUUGUCAGCCAUGAUGAAUAUUUACUUUUCGGAGCAGCAAUAUGUGUAUUCCUUCUAUGUUGUAUAUGUGUGUAAAAUAAAGUGAUCUGUUAUUUUUUUUCUUUUCACAGCAGACCGUCCUAUGAAUAGCUCUCUCUCGGCUUCACAGAUUCACAACAUUAGUUCAAAAGAGCCACUAAACAGAGUACUGGGUAAGUGCUCGGUUUUAUAGUUUGUCCUGUAAUAAACUUUGAACUUCUAUUUUAUUUUGAAGCAUUAAAUUGAAAUUGUGAAAAUAAACUUCACAUGGUGAUCUUGAAAGGCAUGAAUCAUUCUAAAAAUAUUCGAAUGGUAAAUAAAAAACAAAUUGGUAUUUGUAAUUACAAUUCUUUAUCAACAAGUGCGAAUCCAUCGAACUUUAGAGAGCCAAUGUCCAAGAUUCCUAGUGAUCAUGCAAGUGUAGUUUCCGCUGUAUCAGUUGGAUACUGGCUAAGAGUGCUAGGAAGAGCCAUGAUUUUGUCAAACUGCUCCCAAACCUUUUGAUUGAUAACUGGAUGGGAGGGCACCCAUAGACCUAUAGCACCAUGAACAUUACAACAAGCUGUUUAUUGUUGUUCUUAAAGGAACACUAUAGUAUUAGGAAUGCAAAUGUGUAUUCCUAAUGCUGUAGUGCUGGACUACCUGUUUAGGUGCUCUCGUCACGGCUGGCCCUGCCUCCAUGGUUUAGAUCAUCAAUCUUGAUGCUCUUAGUCAGUAGAAAAGCCUUGAGAGGCUUUUACGCAUGGCCCAAUCAGCAUCUCCUCAUAGAAGAGCAUUCAGUGCUAAACAUAGGUCCUGCAGAGUUUGCAAGACCUAACCCAAGAAGUGCCUAUAGUGGCUAACUGAGUGACUGCCACUAGAGUUGUUACUAGGCAGCAAUGUAAACACUGCCUUUCCUCUGAAAAGGCAGGGUUUACAUUGUUGAGUCUGCAGGGACAGGCUAUAGAUAUCAGAAGCACUACAUUAAGCUGUAGUGGGUUUAGUGUCCAUAGUGUCUAUGUGCACCUUUAAUAUUAUGAACUUACUUCUACUGAUAAAGCAAGUACAUAUAUCUAUAUGAAGCUGUACACUUGAUAGAAUUCCCAACCUCUUGCCAGAUUCUAAUGUAAUGUUAAUUCAAUUUCAGCAGAAAAUGUAAACAAAGCAGAAUUGUGCUUUUCAAGUCAAAAAUACUCUAUAAUGUACAGAGACAAAUGUUAGGAGCCUGAUCUGUUGGCACCAGACCAUUUAUGCUGUCUGCUUAUCGGAAAGAUUAAGCCCUGCUUUUUUCUCCUUGUGCAGCCAAAUAUUGAAACAUAUUGAAACAUAAUUUAUUUUCUUUUAGUAAUGAAGCAUCUUACCAUGUUAUUAAAACACUGCUCUCUGUUAGUUUUUGUUCUUGUAUGAUUUGACAUUUUUUACUGUUAUUUUAUUAUUUUGUCCCUUUAAAUAAUUUCUAGCCUUACCUACUGUUAGUUGGAAGCGCUAUGUCUGAUAAUCCUCAUAAUAAUGCUGUCAUGAAUAAUAAGGAAAGAGGAACAACAUUAAAAAAAAAAAAGUGGUUCUACCUUUGAAAACGUUUCUAAACAAGCUUUUUGUUAGAGGCUUAAUUCCUGUGUACUUAGCACAAUUCCCAUCUAUAAUGCAAACAUGCAAUUGCACGAGUGAAUAGUUGUAUGUGUAUUUUUUAAUCUGUCUAAUUUUGUUGUAACUGGUGCAUGGCAAAGAAUUUUUCUAAAGGGAAUGUCGGUUAUGUACAUAGAUACCAGGUUUACUUAAAUGAUAAGUAGCUGGAAAUGUAUUUAGAGCAGAGGUUUGGAUUAACCAUUCACUUCAGAGUAGUUUUUGUUAGGGAAAAAAAAAAGUUUAAGAAUGUAUUUGCCUAAAAAAAAACCUACAAGUACAAGAUAUGAACAUCUGUAUUCCUAAUGCUAUAGUGUACUCGGCUGCAUUCCGAGCCUGAGGCGCAUGCGCGGCUAGAGCUGAGUGGGUUAAUCUUCCCUAUAGGAAAGCAUUGAAUUAUUUCAAGUUUUACUCUGUAAGGGCUACGGCAGUGGAUGUCUGUUAACAAUUCAGCAACAUUUUAUGUUUCCUACAAACUGCAAUGUUUUACAAUAAAGGGGCAAUACCACUACACACAUACCACUUCAUAAAGAUGAAGUGACUUGGGUGACUUUAGUAGUCCUUUAAAAGAUUGAACAUGGAUAUACCUAAAAUAUAUAUAUAUAUUUAUUUAUGUGAAGUUACAAUUUUAUUUUCCUGGCUAACCAUGGCAGCUUCAUAUAUAAGGGGAGGGGCUAACCUACUUGCAGGCUCAGACUGGCCGUCAGGCCAACCUGGCAAAUGCCCAGUGGGUCAUGAUGGCCAUGGGCCUAGACCAACAGGGGAGAUCCUAGAGCUGGCCUCGCUGUCUUCCUUCUCAAGCUGAUGGGGAAAUCAAAGUUCUCACUCACCAACCCAUUGGCACUUCGUUGCAGAAGAGUGAGGGAAGGAGGACAUAAGAAGCUGAAUGUUCCUCCUGCAGGCAGUUUGGAGCGUUGCUGCGGGUUACCACAGAAACACUCUGACAUAAAAACCAUAAAGUAAAGAUAAAAUCAAUACCAAAUACCAGGGCGCCACAAUCACUUGUAUAUACCAGCUUGUCUCAAAAUGGAGAGGUAAUGGGAGACAAAAAUAGUGAAAGAAGAGGAAAAAACUGUUAUUAAAAUUAACCAUUUAUUCAAACGAAUUCAUAUAAAAAGUGCAAAAAAAAUACAAUAAAAAACCAGACUAAAUAGGCUCAGGACCUUUCUGGUUAGCAGCUUAAAUAACAAUAUACACCCUGUUCCAAAUUAUAAUGCAAAUUAUAUUUUUCUCAUUUACCUAAAUAAUUGAUGUAAAUAACAGUCAGCAUAAUUCUCAUGUUAUCUAUUAACUAUUAAGAGUACAAUUCAAAUUUUAUUGAACAAACCUCCUAAUGAUGACAGUAUUUUUUUUAAACAUAAAAAACUUACAAUGCACUGUUCCAAAUUAAUACGCACAGUAAGUUUCAAAACACUUUAUAGGUUGUAAAGAACUGAAAAUUGUCAUUUGUUGUGUUUGCAGCAUAUUUACUGAAAUCAAAAGCUAUUUCAAUCAAACUUAUAGAGUUCUAACCUCAACAUAUGAGGAAAGGGAUUUAGGGGUGAUUAUUUCUGAUGACUUAAAGGUAGGCAGACAAUGUAAUAGAGCAGCAGGAAAUGCUAGCAGAAUGCUUGGUUGUAUAGGGAGAGGUAUUAGCAGUAGAAAGAGGGAAGUGCUCAUGCCAUUGUACAGAACACUGGUGAGACCUCACUUGGAGUAUUGUACACAGUACUGGAGACCGUAUCUUCAGAAGGAUAUUGAUACCUUAGAGAGGGUUCAGAGAAGGGCUACUAAACUGGUUCAUGGAUUGCGGGAUAAAACUUACCAGGAAAGGUUAAAGGAUCUUAACAUGUAUAGCUUGGAGGAAAGACGAGACAGGGGGGAUAUGAUAGAAACAUUUAAAUAUAUAAAGGGAAUCAACACAGUAAAGGAGGAGACUAUAUUUAAAAGAAGAAAAACUACCACAACAAGAGGACAUAGUCUUAAAUUAGAGGGACAAAGGUUUAAAAAUAAUAUCAGGAAGUAUUACUUUACUGAGAGGGUAGUGGAUGCAUGGAAUAGCCUUCCAGCUGAAGUGGUAGAGGUUAACACAGUAAAGGAGUUUAAGCAUGCGUGGGAUAGGCAUAAGGCUAUCCUAACUAUAAGAUAAGACUAGGGACUAAUGAAAGUAUUUAGAAAAUUGGGCAGACUAGAUGGGCCGAAUGGUUCUUAUCUGCCGUCACAUUCUAUGUUUCUAUGUUUCUAUAACAAGUUCAACAAUUUAACUUUUUAAACAUUUUAACAGGUCACGUUACAUUUUAACAUAGGACCCCUUAUUUGAUAGCAGCUUCACAAGUCUUGCAUCCAUUUAUCCCCAUAGCAGCCAUUGAUGCAGAGGUAUUCUUUGCAGCAUGAGACGGUGCAUUGUCAUGCAUGAAAAUGAUUUUAUUACAAAAAGCAUAGUUCUUCCUUCUGUACCAGGGAAGAAAGUGGUCAGUCAGAAACUCCACAUACUUUGCAGAAGUCAUCUUUACACCUUCGGGGACCCUAAAGGGGCCGACCAGCUCUCUUCCCAUGAUUCUGGCCCAAAACACGACUCCACCACUGCCUUGCUGACGUCACAGCCUUGUUGGAACAGGGUGGCCGUCCACCAGCCAUCCACUACUCCAUCCAUCGGGACCAUCCAGGGUUGCACGGCACUCAUCAGUGAACAGGACUGUUUGAAAAUUAGUCUUCAUGUAUUUUUUUACCCAAUGCAGGCGUUUCUGCUUGUGAGCAUUGGUUAGUGGUGGCCGAAUAGAAGGUUUAUGCACAGUUGCAAGACUCUGGAGGACUCUACACAUUGAUGUCUGUGGGACUCCAGAGGCACCCGCAGCUUCAAAUAUCUGUUUGCUGCUAUGUAAUGGUAUUUUAGCAGCUGCUCUCUUGAUCCUAUGCAUGGAUCUGGCAGAAAUCUUCCUCAAUGUACCUUUAUCUGCAUGAACCCGUCUGUGCUCUCAAUCAGCCACAAAUCUCUUAAUAGUGCAAUGAUCACGCUUAAGUUUUCGUGAAAUAUCUAAUGUUUUCAUACCUCGUCCAACACAUUGAACUAUUUCACUCUUUUCGGCAGCAGAGAGAUCCUUUUUCUUCCCCAUAUUGCAUGAAAAUGGUGCUCUGCUUAAUUAUGUGGAACACCCUCCUUUAGUAGUUUUUCCUUAAAUUGGGCUCACCUGGCAAUCUAAUUAUCACAGGUGUCCGAGAUUGUUUUCAGUGAUCAAAAGAGCCCUGAGACACAAUGCCAUCCACGAGUUAAACUGAAAAACAAAAUAUUUAAUCUUUGUGACACUUAAAUAGAAUUUGCAUAAUAAUUUGGAACAGGGUGUAAAGUGCGCAGCUGCAGAUAUUAAGUAAAGAGAAGUGUAGAGUACUUGGAGUGACUUUUGUAAGCCACUGACAUUAACUAUCCCUUCACAUUACACAAUAGGAGGUGUAAAAGCAGUGUAUUGCAUAAAAAUAAGUAAGGGUGGGAAAAAAAGUAUCAGGGUAACUAUAUGCAGAGUCACUAACACCCAAUAUUCCCUCACAGCAUCCAGUCCUUAUAUGCAAAAUUAAGAUAAAGUGCAGAGUUGUAAAGUGCUAAAUUUUUCAAGUAAAUAUAAUAGACUGCUGAUACCAAGGUACAGGGUCAUAAACAGCUGGGCUCAACGCGUUUCGUCGGUCAUCCGACUUCAUCAGGAGCUUCUGUCUUCUGUCUUGAUCUUCUCCCUUUCAAAUCCGCCGGUCUUUGCAUCCUAUUCGGUAACCGCGCAUGCGCGAACCACUUUGAACGUAACGUCAUACAUCAUGACGCACGAACAGUGGCAUCGUGCAUGCCCAGCAAACCACCCUGGAACGCAACUAAACUUUUUGGGUAUUUUACACAUCCACAUCUCUGUACUGGUGAGCACAGCACAGUUCAGAAUUUACUGUGAAUUUACAAAGAUUCCUAUACAUAUAAGGCUAACAUAGCAAUUAUAUGAAUGAGACUUCAUGUGGCGAAAUUUAAAGAGGAAGAGAAAGUUUUCUCUUAAAAAUAUAUAAAAAAUGUGUAAAAUUCUAAAAAAAGAAAUCAAUAAAGACAGAGUAUGGUGAUUGUAUAUUAACCUUCGAUAGAUUAUUUAUGGUAACUGUAUUUUAUACUCACACUUUCUAUGUGUGUUUUAAUUGUAGUAACUCCAUUUUGAAGCUCCAAACAGAUUAAUUGAAUUCCUCUCCAACAUUCAUUUAAUAUGAUCUAUAAUCAUUGACUGUAAGCUCUCUAAGAUAUGGAAAUAUUGUUAAAGCUUGUUUGUCUGAAACAAUUGAAACAAUCUUAUACUAUGUAAAAAACCUAUAUUGGCUCUAUAAUCAUUGUUUAUGUGGGUUAUAUAUGAGUGAACUACCCCACAUACACUACAACCAUUUUUUAACCAUACAAGUGUUUAUUAACCUUUUUGUCCAUUUUUCUUUACUGAUUUCUUUUUUUAGAAUUUUACAAAUUUUUUUAUAUAUUUUUUUUUUUUUCAAUUUGACAAUUUUUAUUGUUUUAUGAAGUAAAGUUUGGGGUACAGAAGAGAGCAGGGAAGGGUUACAGUUUAUAGUCAACACAAAUCACACACUUUCGUCCUGACAAUUGCAUGGUAGGCAUGGUAAUUACUCACAAUAUAUACCCUUUUUUAUAUAUAUUUUUAAGAGAGAACGUUCUCUUCCUCUUUGAAUUUCACCAAAUGAAGUCUAAUUCAUAUAAUUGCUAUGAUGUUAGCAUUCUAUGAGUCAUUAAAUUUGCUUGCUCUGUGCAGAACAAAUACAGGGCCUUUUUCUCAUGCGAGAGCUCUUUAGCAGGGUUUUGCACAUGGACGGCCCUGGAAGAGCACUGAACCAACAUGCUCACUUUGAGGGGUGGGCAUGCUUGUCAUUUGUCAUGACAAAACACUUCCCUCUGGCGCCACUCCUUGUAACUGGGUCGCUGUUAUUAAAAAAAUGCCUGGGCUGAAUUUUUUCCCCAGUUCAGCCCUGCCCAUAUGCAAGUCUCAUAAUAACUAGCCAGGAAAGAAAAAAUGCAGGAAGAAUUGAAUACGUUUUCUCCUGUCCGAGCUAACCAUGGCUGCAUCACAUGAGUUAGCUCCUCCCGUAUAGGUGAUGCUGCAAAGAAAAAUGAAAAAGUAACUUUUUUUUUUUUUUUUAAACUUGUGUCCUCUAUGUGAUUAGCUUGUUUAAAUAAUGUUUCCUGGCAAUGUAAGAGAGCAAACAUUGAGCCUUUUGUUAGUGUUGAUAAGUGAUAUUGGUGAGGUAUACAGACACUCCUCACUUACGGCCGGGUUCUGUUCCUGAGGAGUUAAGGGAUUCCCUGCUCUGGUGCGUUCAUCUAUGUUCGGAGAAACUUCCCUGAACAUAGACGAACGCAGCAGAGCAGGAAAUCCUUCUAAUCGAUGUUUAAGGAAGUUUCCAGGGACAUAGACAAACACACUAAAGCAGGGAAUCCCCACGACGGCUCGCACUUACCCCUGGUCGGAAGUGCGAGCUGUCGCAAAACGAGGAACACCUGUACUAUAUUUAUUAGGGACGUGCUGCUGUAACCUACCUCCUGCAAUUAGUUUACUUGAUUUCCUUCUGUGUUGCAGCUAAUCUCUUCCUCCUGAUCUCCUCCAUUCUUGGCGCACGGACAGCGGGUGCCCACACACAGUUUGUGCAGUGGUUUAUGGAGGAGUGUGUUGAAAGCCUGGAACAAGGAGGGAAGGGUGGUAUCCUUCAGUUCAUGCCCUUCAGCAUGGUGAGAAACUGUAUAUGCUGUUUGAAAAGCCACCAAUGUUUUUAUAAAUCAUUAAAAAUGUGUUACAUAAAGUUACCAUUUUUAAAUCUGAUUUUUAUUAGAUGCUUCGAUUUAAUUAUCUUUUUUUCACCCUUUUUUUCCUAGGUGUCUGAAUUGGUAAAGGUUUCCACCUUAUCCAGUCCUAAAAUUGUUCUCGCCAUCACCGAUCUAACUCUACCACUUGGCCGCAGAGUGGCUGCCAAAGCACUAACGGCUCUCUGAUCUCAUUACAUUGUUCCCAUCACCCACCUCGAUGCCUGCCGCUGGGUGGCCAGCUGAUGAAUCAUCAGCCUUCUUUGUAAAUUUGACUAGUGACUUUACUUGUAUUUUUUUAUUACUUUUUUUUGUUGAAUUUUUCUAACUUUUUGAAAAGAAUAUAUAUGUGAAAGUAAAUAAAACGAUUUGGUAAUGUGGCAAAAACUUUACCCUAACUUAAUAAAACAAACAAAAAACAAAUACAUCAAAGCAAC